GGUUGACGUUGUUGUUGUAAGUGGUGGAGAAAUUACUUUGUCGGUGGUGGUCCGGUUUGGGAUUUUACGCCUAGUUCCACCCGUGAAGAUGCUAAAAAGUUAGGAAUUGUUGGUCUUUGGAACAUACAUGAUAUUCACAAGUUAAUACAUGCUGGAAAACUGCAUGGGACGAUGAGAAAAACAUCUGCGAGGCCGUUCAAGGUAAGCAGUAAAGGGAUACUCUAGCUACUAGCGUUAGCUUAUGUUAGCCGCUGAUUAGCCAAGCUUGAAGUAGCCACUUGCUAGCCAAACGUUACGCUUCCCUUCACUUAUUCACAAAUGAGUUAAACUAAUUCACAAAGAGUAUCAUUGCACAUGCAUAUCAGCUUGUGAACGGGUGAAAAAAUAGCGUACAACGUAGAGAGAAAGUUAGAGGGUUGAGUGUAAACGUCUCAUGAACCCCAUCAAAUGCGUUUAUGUAAGCAUGUGUAUUGUUCGUGGAUAUUAUGUUUUAUAGAAAAGUCGUAGCAGUGAAAACCGGGGCAGAAUGAAGGUUUAGGACAAGCAAUCCGUACGAGAAAUAUUUAACAUUAAUGUAGAUUUCAGUGCAGGUUGGUGGUUAGAUGAGGCAGCUGCACAUACAUUUGUUAUAUGAGCUGUCAGCUGGAGAUGGACACUUUAAAUACUGCAGAUCAAACUUGGACUGAAUGCUGGAUAAGUUUCCUGUCAGAUCUAGAUUAAAUAUUCCUUCAGGUUUGAUAUUCCACUGGCAGUCACGAUCCAGAUUAUCCGAUCCGUUUGUGUUUCAGGUGCUGGUGUGAUGUAACGUUUACUUACAGCAGCAGCUUAGAGGGAGAACUGCUCACUGUUUACACACAUUCACAUGUAUUUCACUAAGAAACGUGUUCAAUCAGCUAACCAACAGGAGCGAACUAGACAGUGUGGGUGUCAGGCAUUUCUCCCCAUCCUGCUGUCAGCUUUAUGUGACUACUCCCCUGAGUUGCUGCUGCUGCUGCUGGUGGUCAUUAGGUUCAGUGUUCCUGCGUUUGUGAGUCCUCUUAAACUAGGCUGGAGUAGGGCUGGGCGAUAUAGGAAAAUGUUUAUCACAUAUAUCGUUACAUCAGGAUAUUAAAACAUCGCUUGUCAAUCUUAGAUGUUCCCUGUUUGAUCGCUUUCACACCUGACCAAACGGACUCGGUUCGAUUGGGGAGCUGAAAGUCGCAACAUUGUUGCAUUUAUCACUUGUUUCGGUUCUGCUUUCACGCUGUGAUUUCUAAAGCGCACUGAACUUUCCGAGCAGCAUCACGUGGUUUAAAGGAGCGCUCGUCGAUUGGACAAAGUAUGAGGGGUAUGUAACCUCGCGGAUUACAAACAGGGGUGGACUAGCCGUCUUGUAUCGUGCUUCGUCACAUUAUUUACGGAAUGCUACAACGUUAGUGAGCGCAACUGUUCCUAUAAAGCUAUCGUAGCUUGUCAGGGAUUGAUCCUGUUAGUUUUCUAACUUUGACGAUCUAACAUGUGACAACAUAUGAGCUCAGGGUUUAAGGACUGUGACUGCUGGUAGUUGUGAUUUCAUUUUGUUUAGAUAUGCCAAAUUGUGAAUUUAUGGGUUAUUGUUGUUCAGACAAUUGCGCUAAGCUAGCUAGCAACUGCUAAUAUCAACGGUCACUUGUUGCCAUAGCAACAAGGGACGCCAUGCUUCCUCUACCCAAGAUGCCCUGCGUAUGCACUGCGUAUAGUGUCAUUAUGUACAUUUGGUCCUGUGUUUGGUCCAUAGCUUUCACACUGCAUUUCCCGUCUUUUUGACAUUUAGUCGUGAGGUGUUGCACUCAAAAAAGCAGACUAAAUGGUUGGCUGCACAGGCGCCAUGGGCUCCGUGCUCCACUCUGGGUUUGUAACCUUUUGCAUUGCGCGUGCUCUGCGGUGUGGCGCUGCUUCAGACGGCGACAAAAAUUUGAGGUAUUCCCCAACUUUGCAAGAACAUGUACUCGACAUUAUUUACAGUGCACAUUACUCUGCUUCAUGUCCGACCUCAAAAUACCAAAACACCUCCACACGCCAAUGUUUUCAUGCCAGUGUUGUCAACGAUGUCUUCAUCUGUUGAACCUUCCAUCUGCAUUUCUGCCGGGGGUAGCACUCAUUCUCUUUUUUUCUCACCAACAGUGCUGUCGGCUUCACCUGUUAAAGUGCUAUGGUUGCGUGUUGCUACAGCCUGCUACUACGCAGUUGUUUGCUACUUGGUUCUAAUUCAGCACAUGAUUGGUUUAGCACGAAGCGUACCCGGAGCAACUCCCCUUUUCAUUGGUUAUUCGUAUAGUCUACCAAAACAUGGCAGAAUGCCGACUAUUGAAAAGCAUAUUGACCAUGUUUUAUAUGGAUAUCGAGGGAAAUUAAUUUUCGAUAUACAUCAUUAUCGUUUUAACACCCAGCCCUAGGCUUGAGGUUAUUUGUCAUCAUUCUCAGCAUCACCUCAUGAGAGAGUGUUGCCUUACACUUUGCCUUGAAUUAUUCAGGUUCUUGUGUUUGUGGGUUCUUUUGUUUGCUUGGACACCAGGACAUGCAGUCAACGUGAAAAGUGGGGCAGAGGUACAAGAGCUUUAUACUUUGCACUUGGCCUACUGGGACUGUUUAUGUUGUGAGAAGCUGUAACCUAAAAGUAGAAACCUCACUAUACUAGUCUGAUGAAAUUCCAGACAGGUAGGUGUUGGGUUUAAGGAAACAACAUCCACACCUGUACUGAUUCCUUCCAGUACAUCGAGACAUCUAGACUGACGCAUGAUGAGCUUCCUAUAAUAAUGGGCUUCACAGUCAUUUAUUGAUUCUCUAAACAUUUAUUUGACAUUUGCUGAUGGCACAAGGUUUGCUGCACUAUAUAUAGUUUUAUUCAGCGUGUGACCUCUAUGAAACCAUAACAUCAACUUGAAUUUAUAUCUGCUUAUCAAUAUAAUCUAAUUUGACUUUGUGCGUACCGAAAUCUCCCUGUUACAAAGUUAAACCUGAAGGAAAACUCUCCAAGUAAUGCGCUUCCUGGUGUUUUGAUGGAAGUAAUGACAUUGUGCCGUGAGAAUUUCACACUCAAGUCUUAUCUCAAAGAUGUUGACAUUGAUUUAUACUUUCACUUUUUACCCUUGAUCAUUUAAAUGAUUUAUUCAUCCAUACUGAUGUAUCGUGACACACCUAUUGAUAGUGAGAACUUCCAGCUUGAUGCUAAUAAAAAUGCUUGGCCGGUUCUUCUAUUCCACCUGCCACAGUGCAGGUAUUCAGCCAUGCCUUUUCUACGUAUCACUGCACCAGGAAUUCAUUGUAGUUGCCUAUCAGAUUUGGGACUCACCUUGCACUGUAGCUCAAAGAUGAAAACAGUUUUCAUACCACCCUGAUGCACCCUUUUUGGGAGGUUACCCUGUCUGCUGGGCUUUAUUAUGCAAGGCCUCAACACUUCAAGGAACAUAUUGAUGCGUACAGCUGCACACUGAGCACCUCAGGCAAGUAUUUGAAGAGAGGUGUAGCAUCCUCUCUUAUAAUGCAAUUCAGAUUCCAAACUGUCAGCUUGUUAAAAGAGAACAUAUCGUGAGGUGUUUUUAAUUCACCCUGUAACGCACCAAAGACACAGUUUAGCUACUUUUGUCAGCACUUACACAAUAAGGGCUGGUUUGUACACGCUUGAAUGGCUCUAUCAGUCAGUGCACAAAACAGCGGGUAAAUAAAUCCACUCACAACCUGCCUCCAGUGGCACCGAACAAGGCAGAGUAUUUUUAAAGCUGUUGUUUCCCAGAGUUAUAGCAAUUGGAUUUUCUUUGAACCAUUUGAUUUCUGUUGAUCCACACGAAAAUGUGCCGCUUGCAAUCUGCAGCUUAUCCCACAGGGAUCUCCGGCUGUAUUCAAAUAGGCUGCGGUAAGCAUUUCACAGUAGCCUUGUUUGAAAGUGAUACAAAGGAGAUUGCACGGGUGAUGAGAAUGGAGAAAUAUUUUUACUGUUAUCUUAGAUGAUCAGUGAAGUGCAGACGCUUGCUACAGCAGUAGAAAAAGGGGGAUGGUUAGAGAACUGUCAUCUUAAAAUUACAAAGUUGUUAGACUUGGCGAUGGGAUUAUUGACACACUGUUCUAGCUGUGUGACACAUAGCAAAGUCAUAAGGUUACGCAAUGGAGGGUAGAGCAGCAAUUAACCAGUAUGAGUCUACUUUAUAUUUUUACCAGGCAAACAGCUCUUUUAUUUGUCUUUCUGGUGGGAAACUCCCCUCAAAGAGUUUGUCCUGAACAACUAUUUACAUGACUUUAAAGCACCUGGAAAUUCGUCUUCAGAUAGUCACGCUUAUGAAUGAUAUCAUAGUUCAGUUUCAUUAAAAUCUCUGUGAAAGAAAAGACUCUUUAUCAGUACCAAAGCUAGCACUGAAACAGCUUAUUUUCCUGUUAAGACCCUUCAUGAGACCUUGUGGGUGUGGGGGAUCACAUUGAUUGACAGCUCCCUGGCUCCAUACAUGACACUCAGUAAGUUUGAGAUGUCUGAGGAGGAAGUCUGAUCUAUAACCAGUUGUCAAAACAUGUACACAGAUCGGUCAGUGAAUGGUGAGUUUGCUGUACACGCCGUAGUCGGCACUUUGUUGUUCUCAAAGCUGUGAACGAAAGACUGAAUUACUGCUGUGUAGAAAUGCAAGUGCCUUAUUGUGAUGAAACUAAACCCCCUGAGCGGGCUUAACAUUUGCUGCCAAAGUUCAUAACCUCAGUUGACACUUCAUCGUGGGUGUAAAAGUACCAGAUUUCUCAAUGUUGGUUUGAGGGCUUAUCUGUGUUGUCACCUUAAUAGAUACCCAAGCAUGACAUGACCCCUUUCAAACCCACUUAAAGAAAGGUCUUAAAGGGAUAUUCCAGCGCAAAAUUAAUUUAGGGUCAAACACGCGGAAACACCAAGUUAGACACCCCCUCGAGAGAUGAGUGUUGCCGGCCGCUUGCUUCUCUAGUUACACCAGCUUUAGUAACGACGGCAAUGAUCUUCCUUGAGCUGCGUCACCCCGCUGUAGUCCGUAACGUACUGGCCCGGGGUCUCCCUACAAACAAACAGCUGCUGGAAGAGAGUAGGUGAGUUGUGUUUAGUCUCUUUGCUAAAGAAAUCAGGCAAAGUUAAAAAGAUGUUUGAUGGCGAGUGCUAUGGCUGGGACCCUAUAUGUACUGUUGAUGAAGUUAGGUGCUGUUCUGAGCAUUAUUUGUGGCGUUUUGGUUGAGGUUUGUUUAUUGCUCCUCAGACCGCUGUGUAUUGCUAUCGUACGGUCGUUACUAAAGUUGGUAUAACUAGAGAAGCAAGCAGUCAGCAACAUUCAUCUCUCGACGGGGUUUCUAACUCUGUGUUAUGGUGUGUUUGACCCUACAUUAAUUCUACGCUGGAAUAUCCCUUAAUAGAUACCCAAGCAUGACAUGACCCCUUUCAAACCCAUUUAAAGAAAGGUCUUAAAUGAAAUCACUCUAAAUCUUGAUUGAAACUCUUUUCUAAUACGUUUCAAACUCUUAUGAUUAUGUACAUGAAACCCCAGAUUACAUAGUCAGAAGGCUUUUGUGGAUUUGGGUUCACAGCGGCUUUAAUGUGGACCGUACGAGACGGCUCAGGCUGUUUUGACUGCAAUAAGUAAUGUAGUGUUUCACAGGGUUGCAGUGCUGCUUCAGCAUUGCAGAGGGUAUGAAAAUUUAAAUUCGACUCUCUCGCUGGGCUCCCCCAAACAGCUGCUCACUGUGUGUUAGUGUGUGAGUCGGUGUGUGUGUGUGUAUGAAGGAUCCAGUGUCAGUGUCAGCGCCUGGCCCAUUUGGCCGCGGAGGUUUUCCCAUAGGAUCUCUCCAACACAGUCAGAUUAAUAAGUAAGUAGAUGAGUGCUUCUUCAGGUUAGUGGGACACUCACAUGACUUUUGUGUCAAGUGUUCACGUUCCACACAAUUUUCCAGGCGGUAAAGCAGAAGAGCUGAACCUCGCACCUGCUUCUUUUAGGACAGCUUUCAUCAUUUUUUAAGAUAAAGACAUUUCAUGAAUCUCACAUCUGCUCAGCCAGGCGUCCUCGCUCUUAUCUCUAACGUUGAAAACUCACAGGAGAGAAAACUACCUGCGUUCCCAUACUGCCACUGUGAGAUGGGGAUCAAUAAGUGGCCUGUCUCCGAGAGGCCUCUGCGUCCAGACAGUGGCCUAUAAAACUCCUCAGGCCCCACCCUCACAGACAUGGCUGGUUGCCUGCCAGUCUUGUGACACAGCAGCUAGUCAGCCAGCAUCCUGGGCUCUUUGUGUCAGGGUGGAGAGACCUGGCGGACAUCUACCUGGUUGCCAGCAGCUACGACUUCUCUGUGAAUGCUAUACUGUGGACAGAAGACCUACCUACAUUUCCAUGGGUUAUAUUUAGAUCGCUCACACAGCAGUUAUUAAAUAAGGACAGUAAAGUAGGUGGGAACGCUUGCAUGAUGAAAGAUAGCCUUAUGAUACCAACUAGGGGCAGCUACAGCGCCGUACAGUAUGAGAUGCCACUCCCACAGAGGAGGCUAUGGUAAUGAGAGCUCGCUGUAUCGGUUACAUUUCCUUUCCCUCGUCCACAUCCAGUGCAGGGUGUGGAAAUGAUAAUCACUAUACUUAACGACACAAGCAAAAACCUCAACUUUUUCUUACCCCAUCUAUCAUUUAAGCAAAUAAAACUCAAACUCUCUUAUCUAAGGACUUUGAUUUUACUGAAUACCUCUAGAAAACACAGCUCCAAAGGCUGAUAGCUGCAGGUUUCAUACCAUUAUCUUCUGUGUCUGUCGUCAACACUGCUGCUGCUGUUGCUUCAUCCUCAGCGCUAUCUGUCAGUUAUUGGCUUUGUGUCACGAGCGUGAUGACUUUCCCCCCGAUGUUGAAAUCAUUUUGUGGUUUAUAUUCACCGCACCUGUUAUAGGAGUGUCUCGAAAUAGUAUCACAAUGAUUUAUGAUAAUGUAGAAAUAACACAGUUUUUAAAUAAUGUGAAUCACAUCAUUAUUUUGAGGGUUUUUGAGCUGUGAAUAAUAAGCUGCUGCGUUCUCCUCCUCCAAGACUGUUUCUCCUUCUGCCAUUGAUUAUUACAGGGAAACAAAAAGAGCACUGCUCAGAUACUGUAACAGUGUAGUUGGACGCUUGACUCGGUUAACUCCCUAGCGUAAGGACUCGUGGUAGUUUAUGAAGUUGCUGUAAAUGAUAAAGUUUUCACAAUAUAUUUAGGUGGUUCACAAGUCAAUUUUGCACCCUCACUUGCAUGAUGUUCCCUUUACUUUUGAUUUGCUCUCAGUCUUGUUUUGGACCCAGAUUUUAUCCAGAAAUCUCUCACACAAAGUCUAACCCUGAAUUUCCACCGCAUCUGGAACAGCAGAGAUUUUUGCCGUCCACCAAUUCCUACCGAAUCCAUUGGUGAGGCGAAUUCAGUUGCAGAUUAUGGACAGCGUUUAUCGCGAGAACUCUCAAGAACCUGCGGAUUCACAUGCAAUUGUGCGAUAACAAGUUGUCUCUAUAAAGACAGCCACGUAGGCUAACCAUAUAAGCAGUAGCUUGUGUCCUUUCAGAGGAGGAAAUCUACUUCUAGACUUCUAGAAUUAGCAUCUCCUCAUCCAUGGUGUCACUGGGAUGAAAUGCUGUCUUUCACUUGUUCGUCCCUGACUAUUUGCAUGACGUAAAAAAACAAUCCACCUAAAACACAGAGUGUUUUAUUUUGAAAAGAAGCCAGACGUUUUAUUUUGUGUCUGUGCCCGACUUCCUUUCCAGCGCAGGUUAAUCUGUGCUGAGUUUAUCCGGCAUGCUCCGGCGUCCGGAAAAAACAGAACUCUUGCGAUCAGCUGUAGAUUCCGGUGAUUCGCAGCGGAACCAAAAGAAGCCGGUGGAUACAGUCUUUUCGUAACCGUUCUGGAUGCGGUGGAAAUUGGGAGUAAUUCAUUAAUCUUUUUUGUUAUUCCUAGUCAUAAAAUGCAAUGAAGUGAUAUCAUAUGACAGAUUGCUGUAUUUUAUUCUGUAUGAUCUGGUUGUCCUCUUUGGAUCUUUGUUAGAUCCAAAGAAGUAUCGCACAUAUUGCUGUUGGUCAAAUCUCUCCGGUUCCUCUAAUCCCAUAUGUUCUAAUUCUGUGAUCAGUUCAUUUGAGAGCAUGUGUUUCCAUCGGAGAGGGAUCUGAAUGUACGAGUCUAAGAUGAUAAACGUUCAGGAGUAGUGCUGGAAUGGCUUGUACUCGCACCGGUUAAUGUGGCUGCUAGCUGACAAAUUUAGCAGCUCUAGCCGAACUCUUGCUAAGGUGGCUGUACUCUCUAAAAGGCUUUGCAGCAGGUGAAUAAUGAGCUUAAGACGCCCCUCUAACCUGCAAACGGGAGUGUAGUUUCCUGUGAGGACUGAAGUCAUCAGUCCUUCCCUCUUGCCCUGCCCUGUUGAUCCAGGACGGACGGAGUAAUCCCACACGCUGCCCUGAUGAAGAGCCUGUCACCCAUGAUGACAUCACACAGGGAGUGACGUGAAGCCGCCCUGCUGUGUACAGGGACUGGCCUGUAGCACGUGGGGAUUCACAUGAGCAUUAGUGCUGCCCGCCCGCCCACCCGCAGAGGCGGGUGCUUCUGUAGCCACUGGCUUUAGAUCCAGCAGGACUUGGUUGGUUUCACAUUCAGGCUGAUUUAGCGCGGAGAGGUCUUGAACAUUUGAAGUCUUCCUGUCCUGCAGCAUGGGAGAUACAAGACAUUUUGUCUCUCAAAGUAAAAUCAUUUUGACAGUUUUGAUCCACUUUUUUCUGUCAGUGACAGAUUCAUUUUUUCUAUCAGAGUGAGACAGACCAAAUAAACUCUGGAGGAAAGGUUCUAGUAAAAGGUUAAAUAAAUGCUUUUCUUUAAGGGGUUAAAAUGCAAAUGAAGGUCUUAGUCAUCACGCCUGCUUGAUGAAUGUGAAUUAUGUAAUAAUAAGCACAUUGUUUCUCCGUAGAACAAAAGGCUGUUUUGGCAUCAGUGUCAAACCAGAGACUCUGUUAUUUCAGGAGUGUGCUGCAUAAUCCGCAAGUAUUUCUAAGAACUACACUGUUUUUGUCUUUUUACCUACUGAGCUUGACUGUUUCUUUUUCUGCAGUGUUUUCAAAAGUAGUUGCCUUACUUUGUUUUGGUUUCAUGGGAUCAGUUGCAGGUGCUCGCAGUUAUUUUUUGACCAAGAAAGCUGCAUUGUACAAACAGCAAACUUGAACAGAGAGGCUUUUUAAAACUAAACUGAGAUCUUGUGAAGAGCUGGAGGUAAAUUGGAGUUUUUGACUAUUCAAUAAACGAAGUAGACUGAACAUUUUCAGACUCUGAUAAGGCUCAGCAAUUAAUCAAAUUUCAGUUUCAGUUCUGGCUUCCCAUGAUUGUAAAAACAGUAUUAAAGAGAUUAAACAUUAACUGGGUUGCACUCACUUUGUCCUACGUGGAGGCCCACUCCUCUGUCCUUCACAGCAAAGCAUGUGCUUCCUCCCCGCCCCCCAUCCAGCUCUCUCUUCAACUUAAUUGAGAAUGAGCAGGGGACUAAGCCAUGACCAGGGUUUGACCAGCAAGCUAAAUUAUGUCAUCAUGAGGAGCGCGGAUUGAUGUGCAACAAAGCUGAAGAGCGCAAAGAAGUUGCAGGUAGCAACAGGUGGAGAAAAGAAAGCCAGGGAAAAGAGCAGGGAGGAGGGAGUGUGUUAGUAAAGCAGAGGGACAGGGUGAGCAUGAGGAGAAACAUUGGUCAUGUAUAUGAAAUAUGUAGUGUUCUUAAUUUUUAAGAGUUAAAGGAGUGUUUUAGUUCAUUAAAUGCAUGUGGUGUAUGUUUCCAACUCAGUCAGUAAUCACGUUUCGUAAUCUCGAGUUAUUUCAAUCAGACAAAUUGUGAAUGGGGUUUUUUGAGGUAGUCAAGCAGCCCAUGAUUCUGCCUUAUUCGACUCCUCUUUGACAGAAAAUGAGAACACCUAAGAGUGUUGGACUGGGAUUUUGGAAACACUCUGGGAUGUUUAAUGUUAACAUCUAAAUUGUACAAACAUCUCCCCUUAUCAAAUUUUGUUUUGGAGAUGUUUCCUAAUGAGACCUGUCAGUAUAACUGCUGUGCUUCCCUUAUUUUGUUUACAGCCACAUAUUUGUCAUUCAUCUGAACAUUCCCUCACUCUUUGUAAAUAGAUAGGUGGGCCGUGUUCAGAUGGAUGCAGAGGCUUGAAUCUCUUCACAAAGGUAAAAAAAAAUCAAUGCAGAGGCCAUGGCUGAAAGAGGACUUCUCACCCACAGAGUCUGGAGUUUAGGUUGGCAGCUUUCUGGAAUACUGAAAAACCUAAAGCAUACUGUCCUCCAUGUGAGGCAGUUUAUCUUUCCUCCUCUGUGCUGCUGAGUUUCAGAGGUAAACAACACUCUGCAGUGGACGCUCUGUGGCUCAGUGUCUUGUUAUGGCUUCCCUUUUGUGCACAUCUCAAACAGAAACGCAUUGAUAGCAGAUUAGCUCCUACUUCCCUCUCUCGCUGUGAGGAUCAAAUACCCUCAUUACAUUUUCUGCUGUUUCAGGUGUCUACCACGCUCACACUGAGCGCCAUGUAAUGUGGUCUCUGUGUGUGGAAUGUGGAAAUGCCACUUAUGGUCCCCUAUAGCCCUGCCCACAGUAGUCUGCUUCAUGCGGCUGUUAAUUAGCACUCCUUGACUGGUGAUUACUGGGCCUGACUGCAGUGACAUGCCCCCUGGCAGAGACUGGGAACCUCUGAGGCCUGCUUUAAUAGAUUCCCUUAAACCAUCACAGCACAGAGGAAGGAAAUAAAGCAGAGACUCACAACACGAGGAGGAUCAUAGACUACAGUUAUAUCCUGAAUCAAGAAAGCAUAUUCUUGAUAAAAUGUCAAAAGGAAAGAAUACAGAUUCAUUAAGCUGGACAGAGUGUGUCCACAACUUUUUGGUGGUAAAGCAGAUUUUUUAAAAUUGUUUAUAAGAAGUUUUGAGCAAAAACCCAAAGUAAUGUACGAUGUGUAAUAUCCGUCUUUGUUAUUACAAGCUGGCUCAUGAGUCAUAUUCCACAUUAGUAAUCCUGAAAACUUCUAGAACACUCAAGGACAGCUCUCCUCAAAAAUGUUGUUAUUUACACACGUCUUUCACAGCAGGAACUUUUCCAUGUGGGGACAGGAGCAGAGCUGGGGUCUAAGUAGGCAAAACAGGACAUUGAUGGGACGCUGGAGUUGUCACAGUGUAAUGUUGACAACAUAGAACAACAAGAAGGUGGACGAAUCAGUCUUGUAGUAUAAAACUGAUUUAUACUUAAUGAUAACUUGGACAGUUUUACGGCGUGCUGGGGAGCAGAGAAAAGUACAAAGCAGCUUCAAAGAUGGCACCAGUUGCAUGAUAUAAACCUCAUCAUUAUCGCCCGCUUACUCCUGUUGAAUUUUCCUGAAUAUAUUUGCUGCAUUCUCACAUUGACUCACAUAUUCAUUCUGAUUUCUUGCAUAACUUUUUCUAGGGGAAGAAAAGGAAGUUUAAAAAGUCCAGCUGUUUGCAUUGACACUAUGGCCCGACUGAUUUAUCGGCGAGACAAUUAAUUCGGCCAAUUUUAGCCCAUUUGAGACUAAUCGUAAUCGGCCGAAACUCGCCGAUUUUCGCUGAUAUUUUCAGAAAUAAAAUGCGGAGAAUAAGAUUCGGUUUCACUUCGAAAAUGUUCCGCCAUUUGAAAAGUUCCCCGACUUAUCCUGUAGAUGGCGCAGUGACCUCAUGACAAUCUUCAUCCACGGACUACCUCACAGAUCUGAAGCAGGCAGCUCAGGGACACACGGGGGAGAGUGGUCCGCCUCAACGGUAAAUAAACCAGCUUGUGAAAAACACAAUAAAUCAACAAGUUUCAGUUCAACCCACUUCACAAUGUUCCCCACUGUGCUGGUCUCGAUCACGCCUUGCUACACUGUUAGCCGUGUCAGUAACGGUAGAAUAAACAACAGUACACAUUACGUGAUCGAGCUACUUCUCUUACUGAGGCAGCUGCAUGUCUCCAGAUGAGACCGGACCGGAAAUGAGUAACGUGAGUUAAGACGUGGAGGCACCGAUCAUUGUCGGCAGGGGGGUAGUUGAAGGUUUUUCUGUUCAGAGUUUGAUCAGUCUGUCUUCCCGUUGGCGUGAAGAGCAGUAACCUACAGUAUAUCUACAGUAUGUAUAGAUUUUUUAUAACUUCAUAAAAAAUUCUAAAAAUCGGCCAAUCAAUCGGUAAUUGGAUUUUUCCUCCCAAAAAUCCAUAUCGGUCGGGCCCUAGUUUGAAUGCCGCUAUAGCUGUGUCCAUGAGACUCAAAGGAAAGAGUGUGGGUAGUCUUAAUAGUGACUAAAUGAAAAAGUUAUGUGGCGCUGUAAGAAACCCUCGGCCGUAAAAUGAAACUCUGAACAUGGUUUUCCUCUGAAAAGAAGGUUUGUGUUGCAGGUGAUGACUUGCUGUGCGGUACUAAAGAGAACUCGGUGAACUCUGAGAUCUCUGCUCCAUGCACUGCUGCACCAUGACAUCAGCUUCCAAACAGUGUAUAAACACUCGUGGUCAGAACUUAAUACUGCCCGUUUCAGCUGGCAUGGACUUGCUUCUGUAAAACGCUUGUUGGGCUGCAGCGAGUGAUGAAUUUCAAUGCCAAUUAAUCUUCUUUUCCAUUUGUAAGAGUUGGUUUUUGGUUUAUGGCAUACCAGAUUUAGAUGAUAAAAAUGUCUAAUAGUGUAAGAUAUUCAGAUACAUCAUUAAAGCUUCUGCCUACUUUAAACAAUAAUGAUAUAUAGUUAUCUGAGGCUCUAUGAAUGUCGACACAGGACUUAAGGUAACCAUUGUUGAGCUCUCGGGUGCUUUCCAGGGACUAGGUCAUGUUUUGUCUGAUGCCAUGCUCCAUUUCCUAAGUCAUAUUUACACUUUGUCGCCUAAAUAGACAUCACUCAUGAAGAUGUGUUCACAUCAUUUAAGUCUCAUAUGAACUCGCCCUGUCUGUAAAUAAACUGCUCUUAUUCUUUUUUAUGUGUGUGUUUAACCUCAGGAAUAUUAUUGUGAUAAAUCAGGCCUAGAUAGGGUGUGUGCUUCCCUGAUGUCAAGGUUCGAGGGAGCAGGUAAUGUCACAGGCAUACCGUAGGUUUGAUGAAGAUGAGGUCAGGGACAUCUUCAGGGUGUGCUUUGUUCCUGACAGUGUUUAAACAGCAGAUGAUUGAAUGUUUUUGAGCCUCUGCAGUGUGCAGAGUUUCUAUGUUUAAACUGUAAUUAGGAGAGCAGAUUAUUUUUAGACUAUCUGAAACAGGAGGUUGCUCCAACUCUCAACAACUCAGAAAUGAGGUGGUGAUUCUCUGUUUGUGUUAGAACCGGGUCCUGAGUAAAACCAAAACUACUGGGAAUGUCUGUAAACUCGACUUUUGUAGAUCAGAUAACCUUUGUGGAGCUUUUCUCUUUGAGUUCAAAGCUGCUGCAGCCUUUGCUUCGCUCAUUGUCGCUCUGUACACACCAAACAAUAAACUUGAGCUCAAAUUCAUCAUCUGUAAAUAGAUCUUGUUUUUCUCACCUUUUUCGCCUCCAGCUUCUAUGCUACAAAAAAAAAGGAGCUGGUUGCUGAGUUCACAUGGAUCAGGGCGGGAUGUUUCUGAGCCAGCAAGUGAGAUAGGAGAGGUCCAGGGGAGGGAGGCCAGACUUGGCAAAUUUUUGUGUGAUGACUGGACAGCUUUUUGGACCAGACCAGCUCGAGUGGUAACGGCCUCUGAGAGGGCAGGAGCGGUGUGGAAUCUCUGACAUCAGCUGCGUGUGCAUUCACACUGGUGUUGUCUUACCCAUUACACACACAGACGCCCACAGCUGGUGGUCAAAACCUUCAUCUGGGCUGGAAUGUGCGUGCUGCAUGUUUCACUCUGCAAAAAUGCCGUCCGUUAGACUCUUCGUAUUACAGGAAAGAAAGAAUUCGCUGAGGGAAGUUCUGGCAUCUUGUCAAGUGUCUGAUCAACCGUUUGAUUAUUAAUUUCCAUCGUUUUGAUUCACACUGUAAGCGUGACACAUCUUACAGUGUAGGAUGACUCGCUGGAAUAAUUAACGCCCUUAUUUGGAGAGGAGAUAGGCAGCCCACUGCGGCCCCCUCUACAAACAAAAGCUUUCUUGGAUUUACAUGAAGAAGCGUUUUUCUAGCUAAUGGACUUGAAACGGUCCACUACUUCCAAUAAUUCACAUGUCAACUACAGCUCUUUGGAUGUUCUAUUUCGCUGCAGCUUAGAGGAUCUUAUUGAUUUUACUCCGACGACCGGCUUACUGGUAUAUUUCCUUUUGUCCGGGGAAAUGGUCACACUCUAAUUUACUGUAUUGAUUUCUGAGAUGUGAACCAAUGAGAUCUAAAAACAUUGGUCUCCUCCCUCAUUACUGGUUGAGCACAGCUGCUCCGUUGAGGGGGGAGGAUUAGUGAAGCAGCAGUUUGCAGAAUGAACAGGAAACAAUGGUUUGCAGUGCGAUGACAGAAUCUUAAAUGUUGUACCUCUUGUCCUCCCUCUCUCUUAAAGGUAUUAGUCUGCCUCUUGUAUGAUGAACAUUAACUGGCUGGAGUGCAGGUUUUUUUUUUUUUUCCUGCAAGUGAAGUACUUGUUAAAGUGGAUGCCUACACUUGAGAGGAGAGGUGGAACUUGGGCCAACAAAUGCACCACAGCAAACGAUUUCCCUUUAAAGAUACAGAAAAUGAUGAUAAAAAUAGACAAAAUUACAUAAAUUACAUGAAACUUGGUUGCAGCUCAGGCAGCAGCCUCCCCUCCGGACUCAUACUCUCACUGAGAGUCAGCCUUUUUUUUCCGUACCAUCUUUAUUCAGUUGUCAUGAGUGGUUUACUUCUGUAAACAGUUCAGCUUUAGGUAAAACUUAAUGAACAAUAGUAAAGGAACCCUGACUCCAAAAUAAGCCAAACACAGUAGCAGUUCAGCUCCCAGCCCCUCCUAACUUUCUGUUUGUCGUAUAACCAGAGAAGAUGAUUUUUUGUCUUUUUACCUCUUUAUGUGAUGUUACCAUUUAGGUCUGUUUCUUUGAACAAUAACCAAUAUUAGCAGCAGCUCAGCUCCCAGCCCCUCCUAACUUUCUGUUUGUUGUAUGGCCAGAUGAUGAUUUUUGUCUUUAAACCUCUUUUAUAUGUGUUGUUACUGUUUAGGUCUGUUUCUUUAAACACUAACUAAUAUUAGCAGCAGCUCAGCUUGCAGCCUUGCUAAUGCUAUGCCUGCCGAAAAGUGUCGGAUUUAUGACUCAAAACUUGAUAACAUAGCGCACAUUUCCACCCAAGUCCUGUUUUUUUUUUUUUUGUUUUUUUUUUUUGUAGCAUUUGCGUAUCUAAAUAGAAUUCUGUGAGUUUAGAAAUUCUGAUAUGCCUGUAUCUUGAUGUUGAUAAAAGUGAUUGUGCUGCACAAAGAAACUCUGAAAGAAAAUAGUUUACAGUGACAUCUAGAUGCCAUUCCCUGGUUUAUGACAGCUGCUGACUACCUGCGCAGGUGCAGCCUGAACGAAGUGACGCAUCAGCAAAACAUACAUGCUUGCUGCGAUAUGAGCAAGAAAAUGAGUUUUGUCUUUUGGUAAUGAAAGAAUAGAGUGCAGUUUAAAGUUUAGUCAGGAGAGAGGAUCAAAAUGCUGACCUAUUCAAGUCUGUGUCGCACAGACUGCAGGACUCUGUUGUUCUGUGCUGUAGCAGUGACAGGCUGACAUUAGGCAGAGUUUGGGGUAGUGCUUCAUAUUUUUAUAUUUUAUGUUUCUCCUGUUCCCGGAAAUGAGGUGGAUAUGCCCUAUCAGCACUACGAUGUUGGUUUUUAACUUGUGCUAAGUUCACAAUGAACCACAGUGGUCUCAUUUUGUCAGAGGUGAAGAGUUUGUGUUGUAAGAGGUAAAUAUCAAUGCCACCUGUACAAAUACGAUCAGAAACUGGGAUAACAUCAAAUCAAAUCAUUUAUAAAACAAGGAUAAUGCUCAUAACUGGGAUUACUCAAGUCCAUGUAAACAUCCAUAGUGUGUUACUGCAUUUAUAUAUCUGGUGUUACUUUUGAGGGAAUCUUAACCUUUCCCCCAGCCCCUCCUAGCUUCCUGUACCUGUUACAAAAAGCCGAAGAGCGACUGUAUUUGACCUUUUUACACUUGUAUUAGUGCUCUCUCCAGUUAUCAUUGAAAGGGCAGUUUAUUCAAAGAGAAGCUUAUGUAAACAGCAGCUCAGCUCGCAGCACGUCACAUCCAGUCCCACCAAAAAGAUCGACAACUUGAAACGCAAUUAUUCAGCCAUUCACUAAUUGGAAUUCUCUUAAGGUUGGCUGUCAGCCGCGCGUGCUAAAUGAGACACGUACACGCUACAAUUUAGCUAAUGAACCAGCCGUCUUCAUCAGGUCACUCUGGGAUUCUUUCCAAUCUGGCAGCAUAAUGAAAUCUUAAACAGAGACAACAUUGAUAUUGAUUCAUUUAUGAUCAUAUUUUUGUCAUGGAGCCAAACCUGGUAGAAAAAAAAAAAAGAAAAAGUUUUUUAUAAGUUAAUUCAUUUUGACUUUGAGAAGAGAGACAUGUAAUUGGUUCAUUUCGCUGCAGAGACCCCCCUGCUGCAUCGGCCCUCUAUAAGCCCACAGGGGUUUACAGUGCAGUGCUUAUCAUAUCCUUUAGCAUUAUGCAAGCCCUUUGAAAUGAAUGUGCCGACGUUACACUGUCCAUAUGAUGCAGACAGUUGCCCUUGAAGACAACUGAUGUUGCAGAAAAUGACAAAAUUGGCCGAGGUAUCUUCUGCAGAGCAGUUUUUUAUUGCGUAAGUGUCUUCUAUCAAAGCUGUGUUCUCAGCCAAACAACCACAACGCGUUCCUCAGCCUUUAAGAAUUAUAGCUAUGCCCAGCACCGAUAUGCUUGGUUGUGCAUAUUCUUGUGAGUGUCUCACAGCUAGGCCCUUUCUUUUUUAACCCUUUGCAUCUUUAAAUCAAGAGGGACUGCAGCCCUGCAUUGCAUAACAAGAAGGGUGUAUUGUUUUCAGUGCAUACCCAGCAGUUCUAUUGUAUGUCCCCGAUCAGCUGAGAGAAACUUGGGAAGAACAGUGCGAAGGCUGUGCUUUUUCCUCCAUUCCUUCCUCAGCCAGGCAGCGCUCUGCCUCCUUCCCAGCUGUAGCUCUCCUGUUAUGUAAUGAGUGAGUGUAGGCUGACUGGGCUCAGUCAGUAACCAGAUUACAGCACUCCACAGAUAAAGACAGCUGAAGGACAGCCAUCUCAGUCACCACACCUUUGUUUGUCUUCCGCUUCUGGUUUUCCUCAGCAGCGAGGUGUUUACUGUGAUUGAUUGUUCGCAGCAGACCCAGCCCUGUUUCUGCAGCAUUUUGAGAACAGACCAUUGACUCACUGCAAAAAGGAAUUCACAAGGAAGUGUCUGCUAUUUUAGCUCCUACGAGACUUUAUACACGUCUGUGGUUUCAGGGACAUCAGCUGCGCCUCUCUCAGACAUUCAGAGCAUUUAGUUACUUCUCACAUGUCGGUCAACACAUGAUUGAUGGAGAAUUAAGUGCAUCAAUCAUAGAGAUCACGCUGGCGUAAAUCCUGCAGUACAAAUGAUCCUGCAGUGCUUGUGUUGGUAUGUUGUUUAUUGUUUUGUCAUUUGUUGGAUUGUGCAGAUGCGUCACAUCCCUAGAAUCUGUACUGUCUAGGCUAAGAGGUUAAGUGAAGUCAGUGAUGAAGGGAAGGGCUGAAGUGUUGAUUUGAAUCAUAAUAGAAAGCCAACCUAAGACUUAUUACAAGAAUCUUUAAGGGUUUUGAUCACUGAUACAUUGGACCUACAUAUUCUUUUAUCAAUGAAAUGAUUUAAAACCCUUCAUACCUAAAAACCUGAGCAACCCGUAUGUACUGUGUGCCUGUAUGUUAGUUUUUAUAUUCAUCAGUGAGGAUUAAUUCAAGUUAGGCAGACUGUGCAUUAAGGAUCAGAUAUUUUAUGAUCAAGAAACAAAACUUGACGUUGCUAUUUUGUUGGAAAACCGUGUAAUCAGAGAUGCUACAAUAUAUCAGUAUCAUGUAGGUAUUAGGGAUGUAUGAAAAUUCUACCUCACGGUUAUUGCGACCAGAAUAAUCAUGGUUUCUGGUUUUAUCGCUGUUAUUUUUAAAAAAAUAUAUUCAAAGGCAUUGAUUAUGAUAUUUUUGAUGCUUUUAACUAGCGCUAAACAAUGCCUUCUAUUCAUCGUUUCAUCAUAUCAAAACAGGAAUACUGUCUUCAACUAAGCGUUCCCUUGACAUUCCUACAAAACCCAAAAUAUGCCCAUACUUUAGACUUUGUCCUCUUUAGAGGGCUGAUGGAUGUCUUCAGCGCUGUUGUCUCCUCCUUCCUUGCUUCUGUCCCCUUUUUAAACGCAAAUUGUAGGCUCCACAGCGCGCCUGCGCCGCUACUUCAGGAGACUUUGAUGAAGCUGGGAUGAUUAACACAGGGUUUCCCCCACAUGCAAUUGAUCGUGGCACACCACCAUGGCUAAUUGAAAACUGUCACACCUUAAGAAUGAGUUUUUUUGUUACAGUGGCAUGCCAAGUAUUAGCAUUAGCGAGUUAUUGUCGGCGAUCUCACAACUGAUCCACGUUUUUUUAAAUGAAAACUGUAAUCUUUAUCAGCAACACUUUUAUUAUGAUUUACCAUGACACCGGUUACUGUUACAUCGCUGGUAGGUAAUAGAUUGAAAGGUAAAUUUUCAAUAUCUGCAGUUUAGUGUUUGAUACAAUGAAAACAGAGUGCUUAUAUCGGCAUUGGUAGAUGCUUGCAUAACUGCCAAAAUGAGUUUGAAAUCGCUGCAUGUUGGCAAACCUUCAACAGCGUCCAUCCUGAUAUGUGACAGACCAACUUGUUUCAAGAAUAAGCCCAGUCUCUUCAGGUUUACGUCACUCAUUUGACUCUGAUAUGGCAAAAUAUGAAACUCAUAUAGCUGAAGCUGCCAGUCCUCUUUGGCUUGACUGUUUUGAUUUGUCAUAACAGACACAUGGAGCGUUGGACCACACUCACCGCUCCUGCUGCUGCACUCCCCUCCCCUGUUUGCUUACUUUAUGCCCUUUAUCUCAUUACUCAUAUUGUUUUGCACGGCUGAGAGGGUGUGUUACUCUCGCUGAGAUCACAGGAAAGGUUUAUGUGAUUGAACCAAAAUAGAACUGACAGAUUUAAAGACGUGGUCAUUCAUCAAGUCUUGACCUUUAAAGGGAAACAGGACUACUCAGAGGUCCUCCUCUGUUGAACAUAAACUGUGGUGAUGAUAAAAUAUUUCUCAGGCUGAGCUCAUUGUGGAGAGUCGAUUUAGGUUAAGUGGAGUUGUGUUGUUCUUUCACCUCGGCUUCUUUCAAACAAACACGAGUGAUAGACACAUUACAGUACAUGACCUGAUCCAAGUUCAGAAAUCAUUUUUGUGUCAGUGUGUGGAUGGAAAAGAGCGGAGUGUUUGCUGUAAUGCACAGAUUCGCCCAUGUUUUUGCCUCAGACUCUGUUUCUAGAUUAUUCAUAUUGAUAAUGUCAGAGCGGUAUUUUCAGUGACACUCGAAAACAAAUACUUGAGUUCCUUCUGUUUCUCACACUCAAGAGUCCCAGUGAAACACAGUUUCAAAAUGUUGAGUAAUCUUUCGUAAUGCAGUGGGUUUCCGAGCGGUUUUGGAGAAAAAAUUAAACCCAAUCCAGAUGCAUACUAAGUAAGAAAAUAGUUAUCUUUGCCUCAGAGUUAAAGGGAUAUUCAGGCAUGAAAUUAAGUUAGGGUCAACCACAUUGUAACACUGAGUUAGACACGUCCUUGAGAAAUAAAUGUUGCUGCUUGCUUCUCUAGUUAUACCAACUUUUGAAAUGACUGCACGAUAGCAAUACACAGCAGUCUACAUCUUCAUAUUCAAACCUCAACCAAAACGCCACUCUAUAGCAGAGUUUCACAGCUCAAGGAAGAACAUUUAUGAUUAUUACUUCAUGGAAAUGCGAUCAGAUCGAGACGCCAAGGCCGAUGGACUACUGUUUAUGCAGUGCGACUUUAUUAAUAUAAUGAUUAUUACUUCAUGGAAAUGAUCUGCUGCACUCGGUGAUCGACUCGUCAGGGCUCCCCCACAAACAAGCAGCUGCUGGAGGAGAGUAGGUGAGUUGUGUUUAGUCUAUUGGUGUCCCGAUACAAUUUUUCACUUAGGAGAUUUUAGAUAGAGGCUGAUAUAAUCCGACAUUCAUUUUUUACUGAUAUUGGACCAAUAUCUGAUAUCAAUAUCGUAUCAGGACAUCCCUAGUUUAGUCUCUUUGUCAAAGAAAUCAGGCAAAGCUUAAAAGAUGUUUGGUGGCUAGUACUAUGGCUGUGACCUUAUAUGUCCUGUUGAUGAAGUUAGGUGCUGUUCUGAGCAUUAUUUGUGGCUAUAGAGUGGCGUUUUGGUUGAGGUUUGUUGAUGGCUCCUCAGACCGCUGUGUAUUGCUAUCGUGUGGUCGUUACUGAAGUUGGUAUAACCAGAGAAGCAAGCAGUCGGCAACAUUUAACUCUCGAGGGGGAGUCUUAUUUGGUGUUACGGUGUGUUUGACCCUAAAUUAAUUUUUCACUGGAAUAUCCCUUUAAAGAUGGGUCCCAGAAAUAUUUGUAUGUUUUGCAAGAUGACAACAACUUUUGGAAAGACUCAGCAGCAACAAAAACACACCCUCUUAUUUCUUUGCUUUGAACAUUUAUGGUGAUGAUAAAUCAAAUGACAAUGAGAGGAUUUUCUGGAAGGGAUGAACCUUUAAAGACCCUGCGGUGUACAAAGACUGCAUAUUUCACCUGCAUCUGCAGCUCCUUUCAGCUUUGUGAUGCUCUGUAGCAGCUCUCGACCUUACGACCUGCAACCUUCCUGUUUGUUUCAGGAUAAAAAAAAAAGCUGCUCUCUUUGUUGUUUGGCUGCAACAAAAAGCUGUAAAUACCCGGCUCACCACCAAACUGCAGGAAGAAGACACAAAUAGCGACUGGUUCGAAGAUACAGAGAGAGCAUGUAUGGGUGUACCCGUCUGUUGUUUGAGCUUCAGUAUCCGUCGAUAUUUGCCCUGUCGACAAACCACUUUGCCGUUCACCAAUGUCAUAACUUUUAAAACUUAAUGUUUUUCUAUAAAUGGUAAGUAACUACGUUUCCGGUCCAUCAUAACAGAAAAUAUAGUCCUCUCUGUUCCCAGUUUUUAGGUCAUGCUGUAUUGACUGACCUACACAGUGAGCAUGACGCAGCAUUUAGAGCACCAGCAUCUUUUGCACGCAGGAGGCAGAGGGCGCGUCCCUCUGUUGGUCCUGAAUGUGUCAAACAUUUUCGUCUCUCUCUCUGUUUUAGGACAAAAAGACUCCCUGUCUUCCUUAUCUAGGUUUGCUUUGAGCAGUAGGUAAUAGCCUCACAACCCAGGCUGAUAAGGACUCAUUGUACUAAUGCUUUUAGAUCCUGUUUGGGUUUUGUUGCUUCAAAGAUAAAAAUGACAACAAUAUAGUCUUUCAGUUGCGCUCUAAAAAACAGGAAAAUUAAAGCGCUGCAGAAGCUAAAAUAAGUAUUAAUUCAUCAUCGUUUUUUUCUUUUAUCCUGUGGCUGUUAAGUAUCCAAUCAGCAAGCUGUUGGAUUGACAUUUAUUUUCCUCUAAAAGUAAAAUCAGACAUGUGCAGAGUGAUUCAGAUGUCUGGAACCAGACGAGCUUUUUGUGUGGAGCAUAUCUAAAAAUGUCUUGUUUGUGUAUUACUGCUUGGUUACAUAGCUGUUUCACCAUUUGGCCAGAGGCUUUUUACACGUUUCUUUUUUCAUUCCCUCAUCUUCCUUCUUGCAUCUGCAGGAAGUAGCUGCAGUUUUAAGUUUUACACUUGUCACAUUUAGUCGAAAAGGAUGUCUUCAAACUCCGGCAGAUCAGCUGCUUAUUUGUCAGCGGUAGAUGACAGAGGAUGUGCUCUGCCGUGUCCCCCCGGUGUGAUUGUGCGGAGUAAAUGUGAAAGCCCCCCCAACAUCCCCUUCAUUAAGGAUCUAAAGAGGAGCAAAACAAACUUGUGUCCAGCAGUAAAUUGACCCUGCCGGCCCACCGAGGGCUGACGCAGUGGGCUGUGGUGACCUCUCUGUCUCCCUCAGUGAUCCAGGCCGUUCUCCCGGCUCGCAGCUCAGCACCCACGUGUUGUCAGCAGCUCCCGUUACGUAAGCCCUCCUGCCAGACAAAAGCUCAGCCAUCCACAGCACAAAUCACGGACUGCCCCAUGUUGGCAGUAAUGCUGUUCAUGUUAGCCACUAAUUCACACAGGGGCUUCCUUGUAUACAUUUAUUUAAAAUUUAGGUUGACAACCUGGCUUCUAUAAAUGAAACUUAAAGGAUUCUGAUGUUAUAAACAGAAUUUAUAUGAUUUUAUAGUCAUAGUCAUUGAACAGGCUGUAUUAAACAGGGAUGUAGAGACACCACCCACUGAUUCCUGAAAGAGCGUUUGAAGCACAAAAAUGGCGCCUUUACAAAAAUGAUGACUCUGUCUAACUUCCUGUUAAACUCUAAACAUUUUUGGCCUCCAGAGGUGGAUUUGAGGCUACAGACAGGUGUCUAGCAAACAGCUGCACCCCAAAUUAUGCAUAAGGCUUUACAAUACAUCCACCUGUCAGUGAAAUCAGCCAUGUCCCUAAUUAUACUUAAUCACGCAAAACUCUUAGCUUUGAUAUAAUCAAUCAAAAUAACUUGAUCAGAAUUUGACCCAACUUUUUAUAAAAAAAUUUCAACUGAUACUGAUACAGAAACCGAUAUGUUAACGUUCUCAACAACAGUAAAAGGCUGGUCUUAAUUUAACUAUCGGAGCAAUAAAAAAACUUUGUUCCAAAUCGGCCGAUAUUUUAUCGGCUCGAGAAGUAUCGUGCAUUCUUAGUUUUUAUGAAUGAAGAAACUGGAUUCACAAACUUUUUGUUUUUACCUAAAAACCAUAGACUGUAUGAACAACUUAGCUCAGCCUUCCGCCAGUAUACGGAUUUGAAGCCAAAAAGCUCUCGGUAUUUACGUUUUUUUUCUUCACUUCAUUGAAACCAACAUUGCAUGGAAGCGUUGUACACAUUUGGCGAGAAAGUCGCAGAGAGUUGCUGUGAUGAGUCUCGGCUCAAACAGCGUAACCCCUGGUUGAGCUACGCAAUCUUCAUACGCCCAUAGGCUGUAUCAGGUGUCAAUCAUAGCAAACAUGAACCCCCUGAUAACUUUUAAAAACUGAGCUGUACAGAAAAAAGAGGAGUUGAGCACAAACCAGUCUGACAGUAACUACAUGUCAACAUCACAACCAGGGAGGAUAAAAAAUGUAAAAUUUGUGUAAUAAAUUUCUAAAGUUUGUCUACAGCUCCAUAGGGAUUGCUGGAGGAGGCGGGAUUUAUGAUCUAUACUGCAACCCGUCACCAGAGGGUGCUGUUCUCGCGACAGCAGACAGCAUCCGUUCUAUUUACUGUCGAUGUUAAAAACCCAUAAACUGCUUUUUGUCAUAAUAAAAAAGCAAAAGAGGAAGUUGCAUAGUCCAGUUGGUGUUGUGGUUCGCCUCCCUGACCUGCUGUUUUGCUGCUAAAGCAGAUUUUAAGCCUGAGCGGUAGCCUUUGCUAAUGCUAGCCCAAGGAAAUCAGAUUUUUUUUUAGGGUUUGUAACAUUUCAUCAGCGUGCUUUUGCUUUUGCAGAGCAGGGAUAAAACUUGGUUGCUAUGUUGUAAUUUUUGUGGCAGCUGCUGUUGGGGCCUGGUUGAGUUUGAAUUCUGGGUAAAAAUUGAAGAAUUAGGGAGGGAGGUGGCAGAGUGCUGUGAAAACCUUCUUUAGGAGCAGUUGCUUCAUGUAGGCUGAUCUUAUCUCAUGGAUCCAUAGAGAAGAGAUUAUAAAUGGCACGAAUAUUUUACUGCGCUCCGUUUGAAGCCCUUUGGGAAAAUUGAUUUUUUUAUAUAUCAUGUUUUAACACCAGAUGCCCUGAGGGACAGCAUGUACCAUGAUACAGGCUUUUUCUUGCUAAUAAGUGUUUCGUAAGCGUUUUGUGCUGGCAGCCCAUGUGAUAGUACAUCCAAUGCAUCAGAGCGGGUUCACAGGAAUGGCUGAUGUUACAGUCCCAGAGUGACAACAGCCGGCCUUUUGUUGCUCUUUGGUACUUUCUGUCCUCAGCCCUUCACUUUUAUCGCCCUGCUCAUGUUGAUCUUUCUCUGCCUAUCAGUGUUGUCAGCUGAUGUGCCAGUAUUUUAACAAACACAUCAAACGGUGUUUCUCCGAAUGACUAAACCAACAAAUUAACUUUUAUGAGAUGAUAUCAAGUGAACAAACAUGAUUGUAGUGUUUAUAUUGCAGGAUUAAGCCUCCAGGUUAUUAAAAACAAAUCAAAGUCGAGACUCUCACAUAAAUUUGACAUUUUCUUUUAGUAUUUAUUUUUAGAGGACACAGCUCUGACUUGACAGAACUCAAGGCUUACUAUGAAAUCUCUUUAUACCUCUUAUAUAUGAGGAAGGCUUCUGUGUCACAUCAGUCUCUUGGGUUUAACUCGAUCAUUUAAGGAUCGAUUCACAAAUUCAUGCCUGCGAGUUUGCACCUUACCUUCAAGAUUUUAACUGUGAAACCAAAAGACAGAAUUUUCUCACACAUUCAAUCUCCGUGUUCGAUCAGUGUUAUGGUCCUUUUGGUCUUGCGUUGGUUUUUAAAGAUUAUUUGGGGGCUUUUUGCCUUUAUUGACAGGGCGGCUGGAGAGACAGGAAAUGUGGCGAGAGAGAGGCGGAAUGACAAAUCAUGCCCGGAUCAGCAAUCGAUUUUAUGACCAAGGCUGCAGGGUCUCUAACCUCUAUACAUGAGGCCUACAGUUCGACAGCUACGCCUGUGACGCCCCCCUGCUGGGCCAACGGCGCCCCUUUCAACUUUUUGUGACUUUUUGUCUUUAUUGGAAAGGAAGGCUGAAAGCAUGAGGACUGUAACCUCUGUACGUUGGUUGUGUUAUUGGUCCUCUCUCCGCCAGGAAACCAGACUUGUUCAGAUUUUCUACCUUUUCUCAAUACUUGCAUUUGCCUGGAGCAUUUUGUCUUCUGCAGUAAUCAGUCUGUCUCUUUUUUUAGUCAGUAACAGUCCCACUACCUCAGCAGAGACGACAUAACACAGCCCUCUGCUUACACUGACACUCUCAUGUGAUUUUCCUCUGAUGUUUUUACUCCACAUCGAGAUAAUCCUGCGGUUUCAAACUCUUUCAUCUGUUCUUUCACUUGCGAUUUCUUCGGUUUAUGAAAGUUAUCAGGGACACAACUCUCAAUAUUUCCAAAGCCAGACAGUAAACGACCUGUGCCCAGCAUCAGAUUCAGGGUUAUGACAGCAGAUGGCGCAUAUUGACCGAGACGGUUAUACCACCUGAGCGGGCCGCCCAAGUAUGUUUUUGGCAGCUUAGUAACUUUUGGUUAAUAUAUCAGUGACUAAAAUAAGAUCUCCAUUUAUAAUCAAUGAUUUUGAUGAUCUCUUGCCACUCUCUGUCCGCUCUGUCUCUGUCUGCAGAUAAUCGAAGUGAGAUAGAGAGAGAGAGGUCCUGUAGUGCAUACCUCCUGUCAAAUGCACAGACUGAGUGGAAGAUUUUAAAAACUUCUUACACCUCUGUCUUAAAAGUUUUGACUCAAAAGGCUCAAAAGCAGCCAUUUGUUAAAAAAAUAAAUAAUAAUAAAUAUGUAGAUAUAUUACUUUAAUUAACAAAAUUUUAAACUUAAUAAAAAAAAUUUAAAAUCGUCCGAUUAAUCGGUUAUCGGAUUCACCCCCCCUAAUAAUCUGUAUCGGCCCCAAAAAAUCCAUAUCAGGUGGGCUCUAGUUAUUAUGGUAAAUUUUGGUAUCUGUAAAUUUUAGAUUUAUCGCCCAGCCCUAAGUUUAGAGUUGUUGCAACGUGAUACAUCAUCUUAUUGAGUCCUGGCCUUGCACAGAUUACCAAUUGUUAUGCUGGAAAAUGCAAAGUUUUGACACGCACAUUGUUAUUUGAGCAUCAGUAUGAUACAUGCUCCUGAUAUAUAUUAUAAAGAAAAGAGAUGACUGGUUUAGAGGUGAGGCUGGCUGCUGCUUGACUUCUUAUGCAUUCAUCGAACAUAAACGUCUGCACUGCACUGGUCUAAGUCGGUUAAUUCCAGUCAAAAUAAAAAAGAACAAAUGCUGGUCGGUUAGAAACAAAAACAUACCCCGGCUCAACGUUUCCUGCAGCAUAAAAAACUAAAAGCAGAUGUACUCCAGCGUGUAAUCAAACAUGACAAAAUGUGCCUAGUAGAUAUGGUACACUAUGGUCCUCCCUUUAAAGCUGAAUGCUAAUGAUACUUUUUACCUGGAACUUUAAAGCAGGAGCCAGGUGCUGGAUUUUUUCAAAUAUUAUUUCCUGUUUUUGCUCGCUAACCUCUGGGCCAUUUUUCCUCAGUGCUAAAAAGACUUUCUGGAGAGAUGCCUUUGGCUGCGUGAUGUUAGUGCGCAUAUAGAGGAAGAGCAACUGCAUGAAUAGUCGAACAGGUUUGGCAGGCAGAGUCAUGAAAUUCAUGGGAAAAGAACAGUUUAAGAUUCAGGGGUUUUCUCUCAUUGUCUUUCUUAAAUAAAGUCGUCUCAACCUCUCUCUGCCUUCUCUCAGUCAGAGGGGAUGAACAUGUGUUUUGAGUCUGAUAACAAACUCACUUCCUGGCUCGGCUUGUACUGCAUUUUCUCACUUGUACCUUUAGCAACACACUGUCCAACACAGGCCUUAGUAAACUUUGAUGCAAAAGGUCUUACUAAAACCUCUGACUGUGAUUCCUCAUGUUUUUUUAAUAAUAAUGAUCCAAUCUCAGCCUCACAUCUUGUACUUGCUGCGUUUGUGAUCAAUACCUCUGAAAAUCAAAACUGAACAGAGAGUCCGCAUGAGUUGCUGAAUGCCUGACUUUCACAGAGAGGGCUCUAGAAAUCCUCUACCGGCUGAGAAAGGUCUUUUUAUGCUGAAGUCUUGUCCCUCCCUCCCCUGCCUCCCUGCCUGCCUGUGUGGCUCUUACUGUAAUAAUGAUGGAGGAACUGAGGGAGGUAAGGAGAGCGUGAGGCGAGAGCACGGUGGAGAGGUGUAAGAAGAGUAAACUCGUGACUCAUCAGGCGCAGUGGAAAAGAGUUGACUGAGUCAGAGCUGAAGCAGGAACACUGGGUGGUGGAUGAGCCAUGGGACGGAUGGGAAUAGAUGACUGUAGGUAGAUAUAAUAAAACAGUCAGUCUAAACUGGAUGAGGCAGUUUGUGAACUUCAACGCACAUAAUGACUGGGCAGUUAAACCACUUUGCAAAGGUCUUGUGUAAUUAUGUUUCCAUAGAACAAUGCAGUAUUCAAGCCAUUAGUCAAGUCAGGUUUAUUUAUAAAGCACCUUUAAGAAGACAGCAGUCAAUUGAAGCGAUGUACAUAUGAUAAAUAAAAAAAGUAAAGAAAUAGAUAACGAUAGAAUAAUAAAAUGAAAAACAGUGAAAGAAAAUACAGACAGUAAAAGAAUAAAAGCUGUUAAUGUUGGUGCAUAAGAAACAAAUAAUAGUUUCCAGCUCAGCUCUGCAAAACUGAUGUGAUUGGUUGGUUGAAAUAAUGUGCAAAAUUUCAUGCAGGGACUAAAAACAGAAAUCUGUAAUUCAUUUUCUACACUGAUGACCAAUUUUGACAAAAAGACUGUAUUGAGAAUAUAGAGUUCCUAUUGAAGUUUGAGGCUUUUUCAAACUUUGCAUAAGAUAAUAGAGGUGGGUGCAAUUCGAUGUGUCGAUAGAAGUGCACGUCAGUAGCUUCAUUUAAGAAUACCUAACACUUAAUUUCAUGUGAACUUACUGUACUGUUAUGGAGUGGGAGCAGCUGCACAAUUCACAAAUGUUCUUAGGCAUUAUUUUCUGUUGUAUAUGUUCAGUGAAAAGGUUUCCCAUCAUAAUGUAGUGACAAACAGACAUACAGCAGUGUUGAUGUAUCUGUUAGAGGCUUUUAUUGACUCUGCUUUGUCUCUGUAUUGGCAUGAAUCUCACAAUGCAUUAUCCAUCUUGAUGCAGGUUGCAGGGCAGAGGGUUAAAAAUGUUGAUCAAACUGCAAGCAAGACAAUAAACUGAUUUUCUUUUUUUUUUACGCAUACUGGGCAUUAUAUAAAUAAAACGCAUAAUAUGUAUGAGAUCAGAGCGUUAAACAUUUCUUUUUCUACAUCAUGCAGCUACUUUUUGUGCAGCCUGAGUAAAUAAAUCAACGUUUUAAUUCACUAGAAAAUGUUACGCCCGGAUACAAACUUUACAUUUAAAUGUUAUACAGUUAUUCAGAGAGUUGACACUGUGUCACUAAAAUUAUGCCGCAGCUCUCGAGUGAAGCCAUAUUUUCUAACAACUGAAAUAUCUGACAGGCUUUUCAUUCGUCGUUCUGUCCCAGAGUCUGAAAAUGUUGAGUUUUUGAUCUUUAAGACUUGCAUUGAUGAUUCUCCCGUUGUUGUUUUAGAGGUUUUGAAACCUUUUUUACAUAUUUCACAAACUCAGCAGAGAAUUGAAGAAGAAAAACUGGUACAGAUCAAACAUAGCAAAUGUGUGAAUGUGGUUCAGAGCCCCGCUGAACAGGUGUAUGAACUAUCAGAAUAUUUUUUUAUCGUAAAAUAAAAGCUCCAGCUUGGCUCCUAACAUGCAUCUUUUAAGCCAGGGCUCCUUUACGUCACCCCUUUUGUUUGGUUUCAUCGAUCGCCCUUUGCAAUCUUUGUGUCAACAGCCCAUUGAUGCUGACUUUCUCUUUUCUUGGACCUGAUAAUGUCUCUGUAUUGAUUUAGGAGCUCAUCCUGCGCAGGUCCUGCUGUAACUUCAGGAGUAAAACUGUGUAAUUGACUUAAGGAGCCUCUCUUAAAGAAACACUGUUUGUUAUAUCUCACAACUUAAACAAGUUAGACUUUUAAGUUUUCUGAAGGUUUAACUACUUUUCUCUCCUCAAAGUACACAUAGUUUCUAUCUUAAUACGAAAUAAGUGAUUUUAGAAACAAAACCCAAUUUAAUCUAUUUUUUUUCAGGUGUUUUAUUUGACAUUUUCAAGCUUGCUCUUGUCAACACUCCAUUUUCAUGUAGUUUAAGCUCUUGGAUUUCAAACAGAUCUCUUCGCUCUGUUACCAUCUUCCUUUCAGCUGCAUCAGGCAUGUGUGUGUUGUUGUUGUUGUUGUUGUUGCUGCAGUGUUCUUCCAUGUGGCGGUUGCUCAAGAGAUGUGGUUAUUUUGAUCGGAGAGGAGCAUAACUGGAAGAAUUCAGUGCAGAUGGAUUCUUGUGGGACAUGACUGGUUGGGUCAAUAGAGCGAGAAAAGCUCAAAGAGGCUUCCUGAUUAAUUUCAGUCAACUUCAUAAGAGUCAAUAAACUCCUCUCAGGAGCUAGGGCUGGGCUAUAAAUCAAAUAUUUACCGAUUCUGAAAUUUACGACAAUAACGACGUCAUUUUGCGCAUGUCAGAAUAUAAGUUAGUUUUGGAUGUGUGUAGGUAGGCUAUGGUCUCAUGUAGGGCUGCAGCUAUCGAUUAUUUUAGUAAUCGAGUACUCUAUCGAUUAAUCUGUCGAUUAAUCGAGUAAUCGGAUAAGAAAUGUUUUGCUCUCACUGUAAUACUUUGCAUUGAAUCACGUUUGCCUCAGAGCGGACUUAAUGCAUGGACCGGGUGUUUUCUUUUAAGGUGCUGCAGCAUUGACGACGUGCUGUUGUGAAACGCCAACUCCGCCUUACAGUGAACGCACUGCACGGCGUUUUCUUUCCUUUUCAGUGUGUAAUGGUCCCACACUUUAGACACUUUCUGCCGUUUCCUCUGCGUGUCAUCUCUUUCUUCCUCUCUCUGUCUGUCCUCGUUUCCCUCCAUGAUUGAACCAAACGCGCCAUAGACAUAAUAAAAGAUAGACCCCGCAUCGGCCGCUACCACGAAUGGGUGAUGUCGAGAAAUGCGGCCGCCAUCUUGGUCCGGUCAUCCGCCUCACUCUGCACCGCUGUUUAACCGGCGGAAUGAAGUCUGAGCGCAUUAAUGAAUCAUAGUUCGCUCAAUACUACGUAAUUUUCUUCUCUGCAAACGCCAUUCAAAGAGGCAUGAUAGAGGCCAUAUUUUUUUUUGGCGUUUUCAAAUACUCAGAAUGAAUAAAAUGAUAUUUUAGAACAUGGCAGCAGUGGCUGUAUUAUAGUAUAACAAUUAAUCAAGGAUAUAUUUAGGUUUAGAGCUAGGUUCCUGCUAUGUCUCAAUAAUUAUUAAUAACUGGCGGUAUUAACAGGUCAAUUCAAUAUAUAUUGAUUUGAUUAUAAUUUUUUAUAUAGUUUAAUUUUAUUUAUCCAUUUGUAGACACACACAAAUAAUGUCAUAUAGAAGCACUAUUUUAAUAACUGGAAAAUACACACAAAUAUAUAGCCUACAUAUCAAAAAGAUUUAAACACAAGAACAGCAUGACAGGACAGCAUCUAAACUACAUAUCAAUUUGCUUGUUGGCUACACAGCACAGAGGAAUCACUUGCUGCGAAUUUCUCCCUCUAACAGCAAUCUCCCACUUCUUCCUCAAGUUUUUGUCCUUAGGAAAUCUUCAAAAUGAAACAGGAGAUCACCACAAAGAAAUCUUUAAUAAAACAGAUAAUAAAACAGAGCUCACUUUCUUCCUUUUUCUUUCUAUUUUAUUUCUUAACGUGUCUUAGAACCUCUCUUUAACAAAAGUUUUUCAAUCUAAUGCAAAUCUGUUGAUAAUCGACCAAAGUUGCUAUUAUUGUGAAUAAGCUAGCUGUUCGCAAAUGCUGUUUCCUUUUUGGAGUUGACCGAUAGUCUUCCUCUUUGGCCUACAAAUGACUCUACAGUCAAGUGUAAUGUUUAAAAAACGUUUAAUCAUAACUGUGAAAAGUUAUUUCUUGAGCCCUGUUCUCUGCUGUCCGCCUGUUGGCACAGGAAUACGCCGCACAGUGCUCCGGCAUCGCUGAAUGAAUGAAUAUGAUUGACCGGAGCGUAUGGGAAGCUUGACCUGACCAAGAUGGCGGCCGCAUUUCUCGCUGCGCAGCACCCCCAGCGGGGUCUACCCUUUUAUUAUGUCUAUGAAACGCGCGGGAGCGGAAAGAGCAUGCUGCUGUGCAACAGAAAUAACCGUCCGUGUCAAACACCGUGCGCUGCACAUGGUUCCGGAUUUAAACGAUUCCUCGAGGCAUAUAAUUUGCCUCGAGGAAUUUUAUUAAUCGAGUUACUCGAGUUACUCGAGUAAUCGUUUCAGCCCUAGUCUCAUGUCCCUUUAAGACGCUGUCUUACAUCAGAGACAUGACUCCACCCCAUCCAGUCCGUAACAAAGAAGGAAAGACAGGUGAGGAGAUGGAGGACAGAGAGAAAGUUGUAGCGGCUGAAGUAGACAAAGUUAAUGUGGGAGGGGCUGAGCAGCUUGUGGAGUAGUUAUCGUCCAUUUAUCAUUAUCACUGAACUGCUCAAUAUAUCAUGAUAUUGAUUUAAGGCCGUAUCGCCCAGUCCUAUCAGGAGCUUUAAGAUUGUCUCUUGCUGACAUGUGGUUUAAAUGUUGAUCUUCAAAACUCGUCUAAUUACAAAUGCAACAAGUUGUUCCUGAUUUAAAUUACAUUUGGACUUGAUAGUGAUUCUGUAUAGUUCUGUGUUAAAUUAAAGGACUGAAAUAAGACACCUAACAGCAGUCUUCAUGUGUCCUCACAUGACUUUAUAGGUUUUUAUCCAAAUUGAGCAAACACUCGGUCACACCUGUUCACAUUGUGUGUCACAGCUGUUGUCUUGGGUGGGACAGUGACUCCAAAGGUGUCAAGUUAUAUUAUGUCCAUUAGCAUUAAAGCUCUAACAUUGUCCAUUGUUUUUCUCUGUGUGUGUGUUCUCUUUCAGGUGUGGCUGCUAGAGUAAGACAAGACAGAGGACCGCUCCUGCCUCACCCCCUCCCUCGCUGUCCUGUCAGGGAUAGCCGGGUUUGGGUUUGUUUUUCUUUUUUCUUUUUUCUUUUUCUUUCUUUUUCUUUUUCUUUUUUUUUUCUGCCAGGAUACAACCCGCAAACGUGUGAAUUCAUGAUCACAUGACCGUGGAUAUGGACGCAGUCCUGUCCGACUUUGUCCGUUCCACUGGAGCCGAACCAGGAUUGGCCAGAGAUCUGCUCGAGGGUGAGUUGCAGGGUAACGUCCAAAGAUUUAUGAUGUAUUUUUGUACAAAUAUGUCAAAUUUUUACAAUUCCCCUCAAGGAUAGUCACACUAUUAUUACACCUGGGCUCUGUUUUUACAUAGUUUUGGGUCUUAAUGACUCAACUCCACAAAAAGCUUGUAAAAUUUUCCAGGAAAUCAUCUUAGCUGAGGGUUGCAACAUAGGCUAGAAGGACCAAAGUGUAAUUCUCUGAUAAAACCGCCCGAUCAAAGUCACCAACUGCACAAAACACAAAGCCAAGCUCUCUGUACUUCACACAACACAACCCCUCCCUCCAACAUUACCACCAUUGUCUCUGGGGAACAGCUCAUGUUUUGUAAGAUUAUAUAGCGUGACUUCUCCUUGAGUGAGACCUUUAUUUUUGGUUAAACAAACAGGACCUUACUCUUUAACAAAAAGGUCCGUGCCUGUACUGCGGGGAUCUUUUCCAGAGAGUUGUGUAAUGUGUCAGACACUUACAAUAACAGACUUGGACUCUCAGGGAGGGAAAAAACAAGCACUUUAAGAAGGUGGACUUUGAUCAGGUGCAUUUACCUCGCAUGGAUUUUGUUGGAGCCAUUUCAGACCAGCGAACAGGAGCCAGGUGAAGCAAUUUAUCAAAGCAGUUCAGAAACGUUUGAACCUUUUAAGUUUUUUUAACUUUUCUGAAGUUUGGAGUUCUUCUCUUUUUAAGGAAAGAAAAAACUGGGAUAUUUUACUCAAGGCAGCUAAAUGUACUCAGCACCAGUCUGUGAGCCUCUAACAAAUUCCUAUACUGGUACGACAAGGUCUGUUGAAGAGUAUAAUAUCAUAUGGUUUUGUAUGUUGACAUUUUUUGAUGUAUCUCGAAGUACUCGAUCAUAUCAUACUCUGUUGGCAUCAUGUUGAAUGACAUAUUAUGAAAUGGUGCUGUUCUCCUCUCCGUCCUGUUUUUAGAGUAUUGAAUGUUGGUGUUUGUGAUCAUGUCUAAUGAUCAGUUGGUAUCAUAUCAGUUUUAAUCCGUUUGUGUCAUAUCGUGUUCAAUCAUAUCAGAUAAUAUUUUUAGUAUCACGUCAUAUUGGACUGUCAGAUAUGGUACUGCAUGGAGAUGUACUAAAGAAAUCAUCAUAUUGUAUUGUUAGGUGUUUAUUGUAAGAUCUGGUAUGGUACUACAGAUGAUGGUAUACAUAGUAUCAUGUCGUGUCAGUUUGUGUCGUAUUGUAUCCUAUCGUUUCAUAUUGUAUUGGUUCGUGUCGUAGUGAAUCAUAUCAUAUCUUAUUGUAUUGUAUCGAAUAGGUUUGUGUUGUAUCGUAUCAUAUCAGUUUGUGUCAUAUUGUAUCGUAUUAUACCAUAUCGGUUUGUGUCGUAUUAUAUCGUAUCAUAUUGUAUCGUAUCAUAUUGUAUCGCAUCAUAUCGGUUUAAGUUGUAUAGUCUCUAAUUAUAUUAUAUCAUAUUCUGUUAAUAUAGUUUGAUAUGAUAUUAUAUAUGGUGUCUUUUGUAAUAGUAUUAUAAUCCUUUAAUCUAAUCAUCAACUGCUUCAUGAUCUGGUUAGGCAAGAUGCUAUACCACUAAACAUUUCUAUGUAGUAUGAUACUGUAUUGUAGAGUAGUCAGUAGUCAUGUUUUGAUUGUGCUCUGCUGAAAGGAAACAAAUUGAAAUUAACUUCAUGCUUCAUAUUAACUAUUGUUCAUGUUCCCUAUACUAAUAAAGUUGGGGGUCAGAAAUGCUUUUAGAUCCAAAUUUACAUAAACAGAAAAGUCCUUUUGGGAUGACACAGUGGGUCCAAACAAAGUGAGUAAUUUGAAUUGAUUGACACACUUCCCAGUGCCUGUCCUACAAAAAAAACCUCUAAAUUAUCCAAACUCAGAGUUAAAAGUGGAAGUGAUGGUGAUCAUAUCAUGCUUGAACUUUGACUUUUGUCUAGUCCCUUCUUUCUUUGUAGUUACAAUGAGAUCCUCUGAAUUCCACCCCUGAUUCAGUCUUUGUUGGUUUUAUAAUUUUAAUAUCUAAGCGUAGAAAAUCUGGAGGGUGUGGGGUGAAGUCAGCAGCUGGAUGUUCGAGCCCCGGUCAAAUUGACUGCUGUGAGACAGCAGCGCUUCUGGCUUGUAGCAGUUAAUUAGGCUUUUAUACACUAACAGAAGGAAGGUAUAGCUGGAGUCAACAGGGCUCCUGUUGCCUAGCAGCAACACAAGUUGCAGAUAAGAAUAUGGGUUAAAAAUGUAAUGCAAUGCAGCGAAGAGCAGCGAGCCAGCGAGCCGAGACGUGCUCUAAAUCCUGAUAUUUGCCCAAGUGAAGAAAUGUGCCAGUGGCCUUUACAUAAGAUAAGACAGCCUUUGGUCGCCCUGUCCCGUGGUAAAUAUUUAAACUCAUUAAGGAUGUGUCAUUUACUUGACUCAGAAACAGGAUUCAGGUUGUCACGCUGGACUUGUUGACAGAUUUUCUCCCUUUCCCUCUGUGGGUGUGUGUGCGUCUGUGUGUGUAUUGGUAUGUGCAGGCAAGAACUGGGACUUCACUGCUGCCCUUAGUGACUUUGAGCAGCUGCGACAGGUGCAUGCUGGGAACCUGACGUAUUCAUUCACAGAGGAGAGGAACUAUCAACCCCCAGAAAAGGAGAUGGCCAGGGUAGGACGACCGGUUCUUCAACGCCAAGAUGAGGUGGUGCAAGGUGAGGACACCAGCAAGACACCUGUUUAAUGUUAUGUAACACCAAUUACCUGGUUAGUACACUAGUUAAAUUUGAUUGCUGGGUUUAUAACGGGCGUUAAAUACUUACUAAGCUCUAAAUCAUUAUCAAUAAUAGCGCAUAUGUACAUGAGGAACCUUUUAAAGUUUAUUAACAUUAAAUGUUUUAUUUUCAUCCUUUCUUUUCUGUAGCAGCAACAGAAAAGCGUCUGUCAAGGGGAAUUUCCCACGCCAGUUCAACCAUCGUGUCCCUGGCCCGCUCUCAUGUCUCGAGCACGGGAGGAAGCAGCAGCGAGCCGCUUCUGGACACGCCCCUCUGCACUUUCCAACUACCAGACCUCACCGUGUACAGAGACGACUUCCGCGGAUUCAUUGAGAGGGACUUGAUAGAGCAGUCCAUGAUGGUGGCUCUGGAGCACGCAGGUGCGAGAAACUGGAAUAUAAUACGGCAUCACUUCACAGCCAAAAACAAAUCAAAUGCAAAGUUACCAUUGCUUGGAUUUUUAUAAAGUUUUCAGAGGACUUUUGGAAAUAAGAUGAUGAAGUUAAACAGGAUUUUAAAUGAUUUUGGUUGAAUUUGUUUAAACAGUGGAGCUUUUAGGGUCCUGGUCGUCAUUGUUCUUGUUCACUGAGUAAUGAAGAACUAAACCGCUUCUAUCAGGGUUCCUGCUGAUCCUUGAAAAGUCAUAAAGAGUGAAACUAGUUAAGGAAAUUUUAAAUCUUACAUUGGACGUGUCAGAUACUUUAUUGUCUGGAUGGCAUGAUAUGAUUUUUAAUUUGCGUGUUCAUGUGACAUAUUCUGCAUUUUCAGCAGCUCAUAAAGUAAGCUUCUUAUUAACUGAAUAGUAGAUGAAAGGAGAAAAAGACAAAAACAUAGUUAAAAAAGUAAAGGGAAUUAAUGUUUAGUUGGAGGAUAUAUUUAUUAAAUGUGCUACAUCUGUAUCGGUUUGUUAUGCAGUGUGAAAUAGUCUCAGUUUCUCUCUUUCGGAUCCUAAAACGGUCUUUAGAGUCUUGACGUUAAAGUCUGCAGCCGCCCUUAAAGCUUGCGUGCUUUUCCAUCCAUCCUGGAUUUUAAUAAAGUCAUAUCUUGCAGCUCUACCACACGUGAGAAGGCUUUUGUACAUUGAAAUCACAAUCUCGUAUUACCUUAAUGUAAUUGAGUAAAUUCCCCUGAGAAUGAGAGCUAAUAUUCUCCUGAGAUCUGAUUACAUGACGUAUUAAUUAAACAUCAAAUAAAGCACUCUUCAUAUACAUCAGCAAUCCUUUUAUAAUACGAUUGCAAAUGUAAUAAAGAAACUAUUCAAGAAGAAACAGAUGUGAUAAAGUCCGAUUAGGAACGAGUUUAAACCAAUCUGGACUGAAAUUAGAUUUUGAAAUAGAUCUUUAGGAGCUUAAAUGUUCACAGUAAUUAAUAAUGAAUUCAUGCCACCAACAAGUUUCUCAUUAAAAAGUGAUGCCAGUGAUGCCAGAAAUGUGUUGAUUUUUUAUGCUGUUCUGUAUAAAGAAGUAAUAAUAAAGCUGGUCGAGUUAAAUAGGAAAGGAAAACCAACCCGUAAUAAUAAAAAAUAUAAAGAUUAUCAUCACAUAUGUGCCGAGGGCUGUUUGGGAAAGAUAACAGCACAUAAAGUUUGUUUAUUUUAUGAUUUUGUGUGACUGUAAAUAAAAAAAGCUACACAAUCUUUUUUCCUAAAUCCAAAAUACUUCAGGAUUAAAUACUGUGACAUUUCUGUGCUGCAAACAGGUGAUAUUUUCCUCGUUCUCCCACAGGGCGACUGAACUGGUGGACAAAAGUGGUUUCAAACUGUCAGAGUCUGCUGCCCCUGGCAACCAGCGGAGACGGGAACUGUCUGUUACACGCGGCCUCGCUCGGUGAGUAUCGCACAUAUUUUUUUUUAUUGGCGCCCCUGACACGGUGCAGGUUCACACUCCAUUAACAUUCAUUAACAGAGCUUCUUUGUUAGUUCAAACACUAAUUGCAUUUUACAGUGUUAGAGAGCACAUUCAUUUAGCCUUAGCUGCCCACUGUGGAGCCAUAACCCAGGAAAUUAAUAACACUCUUACUAAUGUGCAGGCUUUGUUCGAGCCCCCACAGUGCAUCACUGCUGGAUAGUGGGUAUGAAUGUAGUACUUGUGUGUUUAAUCUGAGCUUUCUAGAGACACUCAUAUGUUUAAGACAAAAAUAGCUCUGGCGUUAGUUCGUAACUUUUAUUUCUGGUCUCAACAACAUGAAUCUUAUUUUUAAACGUGCAAUCACAGCGAGGACAGACAAAGAAAACCCUGAAACAAACGCUGCUCUAUUUUACUUCAUGCACACGGUCUUAUUGAGGUUUUGUCAUUGAAUCCAGGUAUGUGGGGUUUUCAUGACCGGGACCUGAUGCUGCGGAAGUCCCUGUACGCGCUGAUGGACCACGGCUUGGAGAGAGAGGCUCUGAAGCGCAGGUGGAGGUGGCAGCAGACCCAGCAGAACAAAGAGGUCAGUUCUAGAAGCUGCACUUUUCUCUAACUCUGUGAUGACGCUGUGAUCAAAGUGUUACUGCUGCACCUACAGACGGCUGCAAGCGUUAGCAGUAGGAAAAAUAAUAGAAAGAUAAUGGGCGAGUAAAGGCUUUUUAUGCUUCUUCUAUCAGACACUUUACGGCUGUCUGCAGCUGCUUGCACAGCUGCAGCGAAACAUUUUAAAUGUCAAAUCAAACAGGCUAUUAGUGUGCACUUUUUUGUUUUUCCAGAUACUUCUUUAUGACGCUGAAACGGGGACUAAAAUGCCAGAACACAUUUGGUUACUUCAGACUCAAUCUUUGAGCUCAUCUCUGCACUUAAAAAGAACAGCUCUGCCAAAGACGCCGUCUUUAAUUUUUCUGAUGUUCAGUCAGAGGAAGCAUCUUUGAGUAUGAUUUGUCAGACUGUGAACAGAUUUGAGUGUGAUUAAACAGCGGUAGAAAAGGGAGAAUCAGUCAUGCUUUGGCAAUCGUGUGUAAUUUUGUAAUGUGAGAAUGCUUUUAGUUACUUUGCAGCAAUCUGCAACUUACAGGCUCACCAGCUUUGUUGUCGUUGUUGCCUGAAUUGCAGGGCAGGAUCUUACCCCACUUGACUCGAUCAGACUUGGAAGAGUCUCAGUAGCUCCUCAAGCUGCUCUCAUCUAUAUCCAGUAAAUUUCAUUAGUUACAGACACUCAAGACCAGACUGAGAGAGGAAACAAGUUCAGAGCGCUAAUGAAAAGAAUGUUUAUGCCACAGUGUCAACAGGCUGAGAUGAAAUAUGCUGACCUCCUUUCCGCAGAUUGAUUUGUUUUGAUGUGUGUGAAGAGGUUGUCACUACUGAUGCUUCUGCUUUAAGGAUUAAACACUGAAUGACCAGAAUGAGCAAUAAAAAAGUCAAGUUAAAGGAAUAUUACGGCGUAAAAUUAAACUACGGUCAAACACACCAUAACACUGAGUUGGACAGCCCCGCGAGAGAUGAAUGAUGUCGACUGCUCACUUCUCUCGUUAUACCAACUUUAGUAACGACCGCACGAUAGCAAUACACAGCGGUCUGAGGAGCCAUAAACAAACCUCAACCAAAACGCCACCAAUAAUGCUCAGAGCAGCACCUAACUUCAUCAACAGGACAUAUAGAGUCCCAGCCAUAGUACUAGCCACCAAAUAUCUUUUUAGCUUUGCCUGAUUUCUUUAGCAAAGAGACUUAAGACAACUCACCCACCCUCCUCCAGCAGCCGCUUGUUUGUGGGAGGAGCCCUGACAAGUCGAUCACGGAGUGCAGCAGAUUAUUCCCUUGAAGUAAUAAUCGUCAUAUUAAUCAUUUUCCGCUGCAGAUGUGGUAGUUCUUCUGCCUUAGCGUCUCGGUCUGAUUGCAUUUCCAUGAAGUAAUGAUCAUAAAUGUUCUUCCUUGGGCUGCGAAACUCCGCUAGGUGCUGUUCUGAGCAUUAUUUGUGGUUAUGUGUGGCUUUUUAGGUGAGGUUUGCUUGUAGAGACAUAGACCACUGUGUAUUGCUAUCGUGUGGUCGUUUGUAAAGUUGGUAUAGCAACAUUCAUCCCUUGAAGGGGUGUCUACCUUGGUGUUGCGGUGUGUUUGACCCAACUUAAAUCAACGCCAGAAUAUCCCUUUAAGUGCAGAACAGUUGUGUGGCCUCCACUCCACUGUCAGUAAAGCUGUACAGUAAUUGUAUUGCACUUUAAAACACUCAGAUGAAAAGUGCUGAACAAACAAAGGAGUGAAACAGAAACACAACUUCAAAUAAAUCAUGACAUUCAACCAACAAAAACCAACCAAAACAGGGUGUGCCUAAUAAAUGGACCGUGUGGUGUUGGCUGAAGGUGCUGCACCUGCUGUAAUGACAGUGAAUCUAAAAGUUGACACUGCAUUUGACGGUUGUUUACACUGCUUUUCCUUCCCUUUUGCCAGCAGGUUUGUUGUUGCUGAAGGGUCAUGCUAGUUCACUUUCACACAUUCUUGCACUUAUCAGGUGUUGGAUUGGCUUUAAAAGAUUUAAUCUCCCGUUUUAUCACUGGAGUGCUUGACUCUGCACCGAGUACAAACGGCGGUUGUCAGAUCACUUCAUCAUUCCCCCCCGCUGCUAAGCUGUAUUAUCUCUAAGUGCUGAUAUCUACACCUACUACUGAUACCGUGUUUAUCAGAAGCUCCGAAAGAUAGAUUCGGAGUCGUGUUUGCUUUGCACUUUCGUUCCAAGCGUGAAGAGCAUCUUCAGAGGCCUUUUUUAUUUUUGCACAGCAUGAAGGCUUUUCUCCCUGUGAAAGCGAGCCAGUAUGUUCUCCAAAGAGGUUUUCAGACGGCGCGCUGACACCCACAGAGGACAUGCCACACGAAUGACUGCCCACUGUUCGCUCAUUCUUCAACAGCUACAACAGAGGUGUCCUCAAGUGAAUCUCUUGAACCCGGUUUGCUCUAGUGAAGCUGCACUGACGCUAACAGCAGCAGAUGACUGCAGCAUUUGGAGGUUUUUCAUGUGUGAAUAUGCGACAGGUGAACUCAGGCGGUGAUUUUAAGGAAGGAAACUUGUUGAUGGAUGUUUUUUUUUUCUGGUGGUUGAAACAUGAUAUUGCUCAGGAUUCUGUUGCUGUUGUGUGAACUACAGGGCAAGACUCUGCUUAAGUUUCUGUCCUCAAUUGUCAGCAUAACCUUGUGGUACGCUGCCGUAAUGCCAGUACAUGCUUUUGUGACAUUUGACACUCCCUUUCUAAAUGGCAAACGUGUGUGUGUGUGUGUUCUUCCUCUCCUCCUCAGUCCGGUCUGGUGUACACGGAGGAGGAGUGGCAGAAAGAGUGGAAUGAACUGUUGAAGCUGGCCUCCAGUGAGCCCAGAAUACACUACAGCACCAACGGCACCAACGGGUAAGGUCUGACCGGGACAAUGCAGGGCCUGUUAGCCCGGCACGCACUCAGUCACACUCAUGUUUUUAUUCAUGAACAAACAACUGAGCUCACAAUCAGCACCGAGUGGCUCAGUCAAUCUGCUAUUUAUCAUAGCAAGACGAAGUUCUAUGUGUUAAAAAUACCAACAUAAAAAAACACACUAAACUUUUAAUGUGGAUCCAAUUUUUCGGAGUGUAAAACCAAAUUAAUCCUUUUUUUUCCAGUAAACUUCUUUGAUACUUGAAAAUGUCAUCAACUCAUAAUUAAAGGUUCUAUUAAUAAGACAAAUAAACAUUUAUAGUUAUCGGGAAGCUUUGAUUAUCUCUGGUUUGGCAACACUAUAAACAAUUGUGUCUCUGUUGUCGUCUUCAGGGCGGAGUCCUCAGAUGAGCCGGUUUACGAGAGUCUGGAGGAGUUUCACGUCUUCGUUCUGGCUCAUGUCCUCAGACGGCCUAUCGUGGUGGUGGCUGACACCAUGCUGAGGGACUCUGGAGGAGAGGGUAAAUGUCUCCCAGAGGCCUCAUGUUUCUCUCUGUGAUAAUGACUUUACACUUUGUGAACAGAAGCACCUGUCUGGCACUCAAUGUCAUGAUACAUAAAGUGGUGAAACAGUGGCUGAGCUCUGGGUUUGUACUCUGGCUGUUGCAGAAACUCUGGUUACCAAUUUGUAUCAGGCUCUGAUCUGUCCCGUCUAAUAAAGGACAAAUUCCCUAAUAAAUAACCACAAAAAGCCUUAAUAACUAACAAGUUAUGUUGUAUCAAACUUAAAGGGAUAUUCCGGCAUUAUAUUAAGAUAGAGUCAAACACACCAUAACAUCGAGUUAGACACCAUCUCGAUAGAUGAAUGUUGCUGACUGCUUGCUUCUCUAGUUAUACCAACUUUAUGAAUGACCGCACAAUAGCAAUACACAGCGGUCUGAGAAGCCAUAAACAAACUUUAACCAAAACACCACAAAUAAUGCUCAGAACAGCACCUAACUUUGUCAACAGUACAUAUAGGGUCCCAGCCAUAGUACUAGACACCAAACAUCUUUUUAACUUUGCCUGAUUUCUUUAGCAAAGAGACUAAACACAACUCACCUACUGUCCUCCAGCAGCCGCUUGUUUGUGGGGGAGCCCUGACGAGUCGAUCACGGAGUGCAGCGGAAAAUUUAUGAUUAUUACUUCAUGGAGAUGCAAUCAGACCAGGACACAAAAACGCUGAUUGUAUUUCCAUGAAGUAAUAACUAUAAAUGUUCUUCCUUGAGCUGUGAAACUCCGCUGCACUCAGUGAUCGACUCGUCAGGGCUCCCCUACAAACAAGCAGCUGCUGGAAGAGAGUAGGUGAGUUGUGUUUAGUCUCUUUGCUAAAGAAACCAGACAAAGUUAAAAAGAUGUUUGGUGUCUACUACUAUGGCUGGGACUCUAUAUGUUCUGUUGAUGAAGUUAGGUGCUGUUCUGAGUAUUAUUUGUGGCUAUAGAGUGGCGUUUUGGUUGAGGUUUGUUGAUGGCUCCUCAGACCACUGUGUAUUGCUAUCGUGUGGUCGUUAAUAAAGUUGGUAUAACUAGAGAAGCAAACAGUCGGCAUCAUUCAUCUCUCAAGGGGAUGUCUAACUCGGUGUUAAGGUGUGUUUGACCAUAAGUUAAAUUUAUGCCUGAAUAUCCCUUUAAUAACUUCCUAGUUAUGUUGUAUCAAAUUUUAUCGUAAAUCCUCUGACAACAAACAAUUAAAGGGUAUUUUACCGACGUGAAUAGCACCAACAUGAUGUUAAAGCAGCACAGCUGAGUGGUUGUACUCGGCUCCUUUUGCUUUGAUGAGUUAAAUGCAUCAAAUAAAUCUUCCUACAGGGAUCGAUAAAGAAUAACAGAGCUUCACUUACAAUAUGAGAUCUAUAAUAAACUCCUCUAACAAAACACAAGUAAUAAAAGGUUGGUUUAAUCAACAAUAAAAAAAUGAAAUAAGCUACAGAGCUUAACUCAGCAAUUAGACGUUAUCAUACAUCAUUAGUUUCUCUCUUUUUAUCCUCAUCAGGUGCAGAAUUUGCACUUCGUCUGACACACUUUGAAACAAUCAGGGAAGAAUCUGAAAGAAAACAGUUUUGAUGAAGUCCUCCUCAGUGAUUGAUGAUUUGUGUGAUCUAUCCUGAUGAUAUAAUAACCACCCACCUGGUAUCUUAAGCUGAUUAAAACAAACACUGAUACACUGCCAAACGCAGGCUGACCCAAUUUUGUCACAUAUAACAAAUGAGCAUAAACACAUAAUUUGUUCCUACAACAAGAAGCCGACAGCACUCCUCCUGCGAGAAUUAAAGCACUCCUCAAAGCCUGCAAGGUUGUAGGAGCUGUUUGCCUUUUAUUUCAUAAUAUAUCAACAGAUUUAUAGUUUGUUUUGGAGACAUAAGUUUUGGUUGUUUUACUGUGGCCAUCAUUGCUUUAUGAAGCCAGAGCUGACUAUAAGGAGAGUCUUCAGAGUUCAGAGAGCUUUAUCGGCCUCCCAGGGACUUUGAAUUUGCAGUUUGUGAUACAAAAGCGGUUAAAAGCACACAGUGUACAGUAAUGUGGUGCAUCGCAGUGGCAAACAACAAACAUCGUCAUUAAAGACUUUAAAAAGUGCCAGUAAAAUUGUUUACAAGGGAUUAUGAUGGUCAUUUAUGAGAAGAGACAUUAUUUUUAUGUGGGAAUUUAAGCUCCUCCAAGAUUGAGCGUCCUUUCUGUACAAAAUGUCCGUCAAAGAUUUGUGUGAGAGGCUCUGAAGAGGAGCAGGAAGGGUUAAAUAUGAGCGCAUCCGCUAGAGUCAGCUUGGUUGGCGCAUUUGUAAUUAACAUUGACUUUAAGAAUGAUUGGGAUCCAGAAUUUGGACUCCAGAGAAAAGGCUUUUAAAGAAAUGAACUCACAGACAAGAUGGACAACCGACUCAUCAAAGUGACUCUUUGAUAUGCAGGAUCUUUUCCAGGACGCCAUGAUAGCAACUUGUUAAUCAUGAGGCUCUGCAGAUGUCUGUGAGGCUGAACCGUCAUUGUUUUAUCUCUGACGGGAUCCUGUGUUGUUCGUCAGACAUUCGGCCAUUUUUAUCCUCAAACAUUGAUGCACAAAUACACUCAGACAUAUUCAUACACAGCAAAUGGAUGGCAAACAUCCAUCCAAACGUGAUACUGCAAAAACUGAAACUAACAAAUAAGACAAAGAUGUUGAAGAUAUAUUGACACCGGCAUUUCCCUUCAGAUCAGGAGGCUAAAUCCUGUUAAUUCACUCGGUAAGACACCUGAGGCUAAUGGCGUUAAUUCAAUCAAUGAUGAUGAUGAUGUGAGAGAGCAUUCAUAAUGAGGGAAAGGAAAGAGGAAAGGUUUGAUUCAUGCACCCAGACAAAGUAAAAGCUUCUUUUUAUUUCCUCCUCGCUCUCUCAGAGCACUUUAUGACCUGGUUUCUUUGCUGCAGGCUGCGCUUUUCAGAUGUUUAAUGUUCUUGUUACCCUUCCUCAGCCUUCGCUCCCAUCCCAUUCGGAGGCAUCUACCUACCACUGGAAGUGCCAGCUGCCAAGUGCCAUCGCUCGCCUCUGGUCCUGGCGUACGACCAGGCGCACUUUUCCGCCCUGGUCUCCAUGGAGCAGAAGGACAGCUCCAAAGAGCAAGGUAAUGCUCGGCAUCAUUCAUCUUUAUUAUCAUGCGGGUAUUGAUUUGUCUUUCCAGCAGCCUCCUGGUGGGCAGUUAACAUUUUAGGGCCGUAAAUCACAGCACAUUAAUCAGACGAGAAAUCAGUUGUUGCAGGAAUAAAAGACCUUAAAUAAUGUAUUCGCAGAGGUUAGAGAAGAGGUUUCUGGGAGUUAAAAACAAACCUGCUGUCUUGAUUUACAGCUUUGUGUCUUCUCCUGGAUGGUCAGUCUUGUUAUAAUGUUGACUUUAAAAAUAAAAUAAUGGACUUUUGGUUCCUGAGUGGCUUUGAGAUCAACUCUGAAUGAUAGUUUUGCAAAGUUUUUCAUGUCAAGCCCGAGUUUUGAAGAUCUGUUGUGAGUGAAAGUGGAUUAAAUUGUUUAAAAUUACACUUUUAUAUCAUUUUAUGUGUUCAAACACACAUUCUGGGUCAUAUUUUCUAGUUAUAGAUUUUUAUGAAACACUGAAUCUUUGAGCCUAGACUGUGGUUUAUGGGGAGAAUAGAAGUUUACCCUUGAUUCCCAGACAAAGUCCAGACACUCAGACGUGAACCAGUCUAAAAUUAUCAAAUGAAGCCGUCCAAACACAAUAUUGGUCGGGCAGAUUGGGCCAAACGUGAAAAUAGAAAGUGAAAGAAUUGAUUGCGCUGUGAAGUAUUUCCGUCUGCUGACAUUCCAGCGUGCUUUUUUAUUAAAGCGUUUUAUCCUCUUCUUCUUCUUCUCCACCAGCAGUUGUGAUCCCUCUCACUGACUCAGAGCACAAAAUGCUGCCGCUGCACUUCGCCGUGGACCCGGGGAAGGAUUGGGAGUGGGGCAAGGAUGACACAGACAACGUGAUGCUGGCGAGGUACGGCCUGUUGCUAAAAACAGCCCCAACACUCUUACAUUCAGUCGUCUUUGUCAUGUCAGACGUCUUCUUCACAAGGUGCCUUUUACCAACGGCUUCUUCUGUGGGUCACAACCUGAACAGACACAAAUGAGAGUAGCACAUGUCCUCUUGCGUGCGUACUCUCUGUGGGACAGCUGAACCUUCAGAAAAGAGUGUCAGUGUGCGGGGAUUGAUCCCUGAACUCAGAUUAGCGACACUCAGUUCCACUUACAAUGAGAUUAGCUCUAAAUACUUUCUAUGAAUGGAACAGAGGAAGGAGCGCCAAAAUAGAGAAACCAACAAUAGCUGUCCCCGUAUCUACGUCAGCUGACGACACGGAGGAUUUCUGCUUCAGAUGAGAAAGCCUGACGGAGAGGAAAUUACACGAGUGGCUGUGGAGAUGAUGUUCAUUCAGCUGAAAGGCUGCUACGGAGCAAGAGUAAUAACAGAAGCGUGAUGCUUUCGGCUUUGUACUGCGUGAAAAGAGAGCGACUUAAUAUCAGCCUGCAUAAAAAAGAAGGAACCAGUGUUGCAUAGAGAGUUUUCUAAACUUCAGGAUCUGCCAUAAAGAGGAAAAAUAAAGAUAUUUCAGUAACCCUUUAUUUUACGAUACGCUUAUUACCAGGUAAUUAACAGGUAACAGCAUGAAAUUAUCUGGUAAUUACAUGAUAACGACUAAGUCAAUACUGUCUAGUUUUUCUUUUUUUCUUUUUUCUGUGCAGCUCCAUUUUCAGAAGCUAUUUGGGGUUCUUGUUUUCUAUGAUUGACACUUGAUACAGCCUAUGGGCGUGCGAAGAUUGCGUAGCGAUACGCUGUUUGAGCCGAGCAUUAUCACAGCGACUCACCCGCCGAAUGCGUACAACGCUACUGCACAAGUGGUGGUUCCAGGAAGCUGAGAAAAUCCAGGAAAUAUCAGAGCAAUUCGGCUUCAAAUUUGUAUGAUGAUGGAACGUUACCUACCUGGUAGCUAGACAGUAUUGACUUAGUAGUUAUCAUGUAAUUACCAGAUAAUUUCAUGUUGUUACUAGGUAAUUACCUGUUAAUUACCUGGUAAUAAGUGUACCGUAAAAGAAAGUGUUACUGACGUUUCUUCACCUCUUCUCCAGGUAAAUGUUAAAGAUGCAGGUGGGAUCAAAUACAAUCCCAAUUCAAAAAGAGUUGUUGUUGAUAGAAGUUGAUGUCCUUUACAUCAUUAAAAUACUGGAUUUAAUUGAAACUAUUGCGAUGAAAACAAAUUGGAUAUUAAAACUCUCUGUGCCGCCUGAGGACCUGGAGAUCACAUCCGUCCAGUAUCAGUUCUCGGCGUUACUCCAUUUUCACAGAUUUCUCCAGAUUGACUUAAUCUCUUAAUGAUAUUUUGUUCUGUAGAUGAUGAAACACUCAAAUUCCUUCCAGUAUUACACUCAGGAACAUUGUUGUGGAGUAGCUGGAUGACCUCCUCAUCCAGUCUCUCUCUCAGUGUGGUGAACACAUCCGAACCUUUACUUCUCAAACACUCCCACUGCUAAGAGUAUCCUUUUAUAUCCAGCCAUGUUACUGCAGGAAACUGUCCUUUUUUCAAGCUUAAGAACCUUUGAAUUAAUUAGAUUGAUCAAGUGCAGAGCAGCAAGGCAAACACCAUUCUACUUCUCAUUUGUUUGUAAGGUUAGUAUAAAUCUUAGACAACUAUUAUCUACUAGAAAAGCAUGUAAAAAUAUAUCAAAAACAAUAAUAAAUAAUAAUUACGACAGAGUAUUAGGGCCACAUUAUGAAAAAAAAAUUAGACUUUGAGAUUAAAGUUGUCAAUUUACGAGAAUAAAGUGGUAAUAAAAUCAAUAUAUUACUUGUGAUAAUGUGGUGCUGAUGUGCCAAAAGUGUCUCCUUGUUUGAGAACCUGAUAUUGAAGCUCAUUUUCACGAAAUGCUCCAUGGUUCUCAUUUCAACAACAGGUUAAAAAAGAAGGACUUUAUUCUCGUAAGUAAUAUUUUCAUAAUGACUUUGUUCUCGUAAAUAAUAAUUUUAUUACGACUUUAUUCUGGUAAGUAAUGAUUUUAUUCUCGUAAAUGUAUUACUUUAAUCUCGGAGUCUUAAAACAAAUUUUCUCAAUGGGUCCCUAAUACUCUGUCGUAAAUAAUGAACAAUAAAGUUGCAUAAUAAACUUUACUAAUAUAGCGCUUUUUACAGAGAUAGACAUGAGAGCUAAAAGAAAUAGACAAAUAGAAAGAAAUGAGAAAACAAUAAAAAUCAAAUAUUUGCAUGAUGAAAAACCAUAGACCUCCUAAUGUACAGUGCUCAGCAUAAAUGAAUACACCCUUUCAGAGUUGUUAAAAAAGCUUUAGUUUCCUUUCAAAAUCAACAAAACAUUUUUUUCAGUAUGAAAUUAAGGUGCAAAAAUAAAUACACCCUAAUUAAAGUUCUGGGAGCAAAGCUAAAUUUCAGUUACCAUAUCAGCCUUAUUUUCAUCUUAUGGUAAAUAUAAUGUCAUGUUAAACUUAAGCUUUGUCAAAACUUUGGAAAUUGUACUUUUUCUCAUCUAGAUAGUAAUUAAUACAUUACUUUUAAUAAGGGGUGUACUGACUUAUGCUGGGCACUGUACAAGAAAACUCACCUAGAACCCAAAAUAGACCAAAGAGAGUAAACUCAGCUUUUAUAUGUGUUACUGUUUCAUAAGAAAAAGGAAACACAAAAUCGAAGAAAUCCCCCUUGAAUCUCAAAACCCAGCCGUCCACAAACAAUAACUCAAAAACAGUUCAUCAAGGUUAAUCUUUUUCAGUUCAUUUCAGGUCGUUUCAAAUGUCAAAACACAGCAAAUCAGUGCCGGAAAAUGGCUUAAGAAAGGUUAAAGUCCAUCAUUCACAAGUCGUGUUAGUGCAGGCUGGGGUGUUGGCUAAGCCCUCGGUUGUUUUUCCACAAUGCAGGAAAUGAUCAAUCCAGAGAUGACCAGGCUGCCCGAGUGUCUCCGACUCAAAGAAAGUUUCAAUGGUACUGAAGUUUUAUUGAGAGUGAGCCAGUACUCUUCAGUCUACUGCAGAUGUGAAAUGAGAUCUCCACACCUAUAAUCUCUAGGAGGAACAGCUUGUUUUAUCUAUAAUGUAAUAAACCUCUGCUGCGUCUCUCUUGUAUGCGCUCUUUCUCACUUUACACAUCUCUAUCACGGGACAGGCACUCAGGAGAAGGGAGGUUUGCUCCAAAGUUGCAGAAAGACUCCCACACUCUGUCUCACUUACAUUCAUUAGAUCAUUUGUCAGAGAGCGCUGCAUUUUCAGUCUCGCACACAAAUAAAUCCAUGAUGUACCAAACCUACAUCCACAAAAAUAGCACAUUACACCCCCUUAAGUACGACGUUAAACGACAGCGUCUCCUCGCAGAGCUUUAACUUUCAUCUCUCUCUCUCUUUGCUUCCUCUCAGUGUGGCUCUCUCGUUGGAGGCCAAGCUCCAGAUGUUGCACAGCUACAUGACGGUCACCUGGCUGCCCCUGCCCUGCGAGGUAAGAGCGUUUUAGUAAACACAAACUAUUUAACAGGAAAAAUACACACAAACUAGUCACGCUCGACUUUGAGUGUCAAAGCUGCUUGUCGUCGUCGAUUUCCUGCUCCCGUUCGAAACAAAGACAAUAUUUAUUCCUCUCCCGUCUCACCAGCUGUCCACUAAGCAUGUUUCGAAAACAAACUACACUGGGCCAUUCAGGUUGUAAAGUCACGCCAUGCGAACACGGCGACAAAGCUUCCCUUGUGCGCUACAUGCUAACAUCAGGGAGCUGGCAGUGACAAGUUCACGGGUUAACUUUAACAGGGACGGGCGGAAACGCAGGAAUCCCUGUGUUUAAACAUAAUUGGAGGGCAUUGUUUGGUCGGGCUGUGCCGCCAGAGGAUAUCAGUGUGAUGGUCAUCACCGCUGGAAGGUGGUUUAGUCUGUGACGGCCUCCUGUUCGAGAUCAGAACACUGCGUCAUCAUGUGGGUCGUGUCCUUUCCAAAAAAAGCGCUCUUAGAUUAGCAGCUUCCUUAAACUGUUUGAUAUGAAAAGCGGUUGGAAUCUGAGUCAUUUGUUUUUUUCGGCGCUGGUCUGCGAAAAGCAGCUCUAUGACUCACCCUCUUCACAUCCUCUGUAUCUUGUUCUGAUCCUCCCCCCUGUACUUGAGGGGCACGGGUCUUCUCUGCGUGUUUGUACUUUUAAAUUUAGGCCGAAUGCAGUUUUGAGUUUAUACGUAUAUUCUUUUUUUUUUUAAUACUCUUUUUAUUGGUUUUUCAGAUUUUAGAGUACAAACAUUAGAAAAACAAGACUAACAACAGAACAUACACAAAAACAAAACAAAACAAACAAAAACAAAACAAAAAGUCCCACCCCAAACUAAUGCGAGCACUGCAAUAUAUAUCGCUAUAAAUCCAUCCAUGCAUACACAAAUAUAUACACAUACAAAGUCAGCAAGAUGACAGGAGACAGGCAAAUAAAAAAAUAGUCAGCCUUCCUCUUCCAGGGACAUAUGAUGAGUUAUAAUUUCUGUAAAAAGGAAUUAAAUGGUUCCCAGAUCCUCCAAAACUUGUCCGAUUUAUGGUUAAGGUCGUGAGUCAACUUCUCGAGAGGAAUAAGUGCAGAGAUCUGUGUUAUCCACAUGUCGACAGUAGGGACCCGGGAAGUUGACCAUCUCAGCAAAAUACAUUUUUUAGCCAAAAAUAAAAGGAUUAUCAACAAAGAUUUGGUAUCUGCGUCAAAAAGAUUGUGUGGGGAAUAAUGACUAAGGAGACAGAAAGAAGAGGUCAGCAGAAAUUUUUUACCAGUGACCUCCUGGAUUACAGAGUGUACCCCCUUCCAAAAAGUCUGGAUAUGGUCACAUGACCAAAACAAGUGAAUAAAUGUCCCUUUAUGUAUUUUACAUUUAUAACAAAGAUUAGAAGUGCCAGGGAACAUUUUCUGGAGGCGAACGGGUGUGUAAUAGGUUCUAAAGAAAAAUUUAAAGUUCUGUUCAUGUAUAGAGAUCGAGGUACAUUUAGGGAAAACCCCACUACAGAUCUUGUUCCAGUCAACAGAAUUAAACAUCACCUCCAGGUCACGUUCCCAUAGCAGCUUCAAAGAGUCAUAGCUUGAAGAGUCAAAAUAAAGUAGUGAAACAUAGAUCUUUGAAAUCAAUUUUUUGGGGGACUUAGCCAGAAUUAUUAUGUUUAUACGUAUAUUCUUAAGUUGUGAUAUGUUCAGGUUUUUCCGCUAACUUGUGUUUGUGUUUCGUGUCCUCGCAGCAAGCCCCCCUGGCCCAGCCCGAGUCUCCCACAGCAUCAGCAGGAGAGGACGCCCGCACGCCUCCAGACUCAGGAGAGUCAGACAAGGAGUCAGUCAGCAGCAGCUCGAACGGAAACGGAGACACGACCGCAGGAUCAACAGUCAACGGCGGCAGCUCUUUGGCCAAAAACAGCUCCUCUUCCUCGUCCAGUUCCUCCAGCAACGGCUCGGCGACAGGAACGGCGGGGAAGGACAAAACCAAGAAGGAAAAGGACAAGGACAAAGACAAGAAGAGGGCAGACUCCGUGGCCAACAAGCUCGGCAGCUUUGGCAAGAGUCUGGGCAGCAAGCUGAAGAAAAACGUGGGCGGACUGAUGACGGGAAAGAACGCUGGAGCUGGAGGUGUCAAGCAGGAGGGCGGGGAGAAGAAGAAGAGCUCGUUUAGGGGGAGGAAGGGCAGCAAAGACGGCUCGCCUUCAGCCCACGCCUCCGAGGACUCUGGCAAAGGCUCCCCCUCCUCAGGUAGCGAGCGUCUGAACGGGACGGGGAGCAGUAUGAGCAGCAGCGGGGGGAGCAGCACCGAGAGCGAAACCUAUAAGUACAGCGCCGACGUCAAAGUGAGCCUGGGAAUCCUGCGGGCCGCCAUGCAGGGUGAGAGGAAGUUCAUCUUCGCCAGCCUUCUCACCACCAGCAACCGGCAGCCCUUCCAGGAGGAGAUGAUCCAGCGCUACCUCACAGACGCAGAGGACCGCUUCAGGGCUGAGCAGGAACAACAGCGGCGGGAUCUGGAGAGGAAGAACAUCACCAACGGGAUCCAGAUACCCAAGAAGGAGACCGUCGGCGGUCCGGAGCUGACGUAUCGAGCUUACGAAGUGAAAGAGGAUCUGUCAGAGACCGCCUCCCCUACCUUUAACCAGCUCAAAGCCUCUCCUCUGACCACCUCCAUGUAUCCUGGUGUCGUCCCCAUCCCCCGGCCCUCCUUCAUAGACCAGCCUCCCGCUGUCCAGCCCCUCACCCAGCACCUUCACAUGCAUGGCUACAUGGAUACCCGGCGCCAGCUCGCCGGCGGAUCCCCCGCAACCUCUUACCCCGGCCUCCCCUCUUACGCCACACUUCCCCGACACUGCCCCACAGCACAGGGUCCCCCACACCCCCAGUAUAAUAACUCACAAGGCCCCUCCUCCUUGAGUCCCACUCGCCUCGCGCCCUCGUAUCCCCCCGAGUUCGACCCGCCAGACUACCCCGGGUCUGAACACGCUGCCGGGAGUUACACAAACGGCUUCCGGGACGUGCGCUCCAACCUGGACUCUCGGAGCGGGCAGCCCCCUGUCAGACACUACUCUCUGGGCAGCGCCGGCGGUCUGGCCAACCUGCAGUCCAGCCGCUGUCGGACACCCAGCUGCACCUACUACGGACACCCCGAGACGGGCAACUACUGCUCUUACUGCUACAGAGAAGAGCUGAAAAAGAGGGAGACAGAACCGGCCAUCCACAGGUUCUGAACGGACCCUGCUACGGCUUGAAUUUGAUGAGUGGCCUUUGUCAGUAAAAAAAAAGUAACAGCUGGCGUGGAUCAGCCUGAGCACGGGCACGAGAAAGCCACAACCAGCUCCCUCCCUCUUUUUUAGCCGUGACACUCCCUGUAGGAGCAGAGAAAGUGGCGACCAGUCGACACGGGGGUUUGACUGCGGGGGUCACGUGAUAGACCAUAGAGUAAACUAACUGCACUUCUGUUACAUUUUGCUGUGGCUCUUAUGCAGGCGUUACGUAUGAGUGUGUGUGUGUGUGUGUGUGUUUAUUUGUGUGUGUGUGUGUGUGUGUGUGUGUGAGCUGCAGGCUCCCCUCCUUUAUCAGUCUAACGCCUUGCUACUGUCUCCUCCUAGUGGAGAGAAUGUAAACGGCAGGCACCAUACAAAAACACCCAUCCGCACACAUCAGAUACAUUCACACGCACACAUACUCACUAAGUCAGACUCACACGACUUCAUACACCGCGAUGCAAGCACAAACAGGAACGACACGAGCGUCUGGGCUCCAUUUUUGCUCUGUGAUGAAGUCGGAUCGGUCAGCUGAGGGAUGUCUGAGUGUUUGGAAGUCACGUCUGUGGAGGGUGAUUUCAGUGUUAUACAGAUUUUACACUACUGUUACUCCAUGCUUGCGUCAUAUGUACCUCGGGAAACUGCAGAAAUAAUCCUCAUCAAAUUGCUUUUUCGUCUGACACCAUUUGCAUAAUGCAAAUCGAAACUAGCGUGCAAUGCUAAUGAAAUAGCUUUCUGCGGGCUGCUGUGGUGCUAAUUUUACAGAAUGCAAACCCAGAGAUGUUCAUGCAUCGAGGCAACAGCCCCGCACUGUCAGUGAACAUAAAUAUUGACUUAAAACACGUCUAACUUAAAAUCCUAAAGAUGUCCGUCUAAAUGCAUUCGCUCACACAGUAUUGAUCAGAUGUCGCAGAACAAAGAUAACGUGGACAUGUUUUGUGUCUCUGGUAAGAAACGCUCAGAGCCCGAUUCAGAGUAUUUCACACGUUGGUGGAAAUGUUUCUCCCUCACAGAUCCUCCCGUGUUUCUAACAGCAGAAGGCUUUUUAACUGCGCCCCGCAGAACACCACCGUGUAAAGUCAGUGUCGCACAGAUUUUGGAGACAAAUGCGAGAUGUUUGAGGUUUGCAUUUAGGAAAUUAAAGCUGCAGGAAUGUCGGUUGAUCAAAGUUUGUUCUGUCAACAACUCUUAGUUAUUGGAUACAGAGUGAUCGAAGCUCAAAUGGUUUCAAUUCGAUUAUUUUCACCACCAAAAAAAGAAAUUACUUAAAGCUCCUGUGAGAAACUUUUGGUUUGUGUCAAAUCAGUUUUUACAUAUUUGAUCCUCUACAUGCUUAAAGCUUCUGUGGUGAGUUUUUAUGUUAACGGGAUACACUGAAAUUCAUAUUUAUGCAUUUUUAAAGACACAAAAGUAAACAAGACCUUCGACAAGAGUGACAAAUUUGAUCCUGUAAUUUCUUUUAUGUAUCAAACUGGUACGAAAGGUAGAGUGUUAGCGAAGUGACUGAAGAAAAACUCACAGUAAAUGAUCAAUUUAAGUGUCAAAAGCGUCAGAAUGAUGAGAAUAUUGUCAGAGGAUACGACUCAGGCAUGUAGAGGACAAGAUGAGCAAAGACUGUUUCAGUAGAGGAGACACUACAAGACAAACUUAAAGUCCCUCACAGAAGGUUUAACGUUUUUACAGUAUUCUGAUUUGUUGAGCUGCACCUUUAAAACGAUCAAAAAAUAAAUAAAUGAGUAAAUAAAUUUUAGAGAAAUUAAAAAGUUACCAACUAAUUUAUUGAUUUAUUAAAAUGAUCUCUGCUGGAGUGCUGCGGUGUCACUGAUUGGUCGUCACAGACUUGUUCUGUAAGAGUGUUGUUUUCUGCAUUUGAGGAAUAUUGUCUCUCGAUUCUGUGUGCACACAACACAAUCACAUUCAUAAUGAAAUGACAGGUUUCAUACCAAGUUACGAGUUCAGGAAACUGUGUGUCCUGAGAUAAGAAGCCCUCUGUGCUCUGAUGUUUGAGAAAUGUGAACCGUUUGUUAUGGUUUGUCACAGAAAAAGGCGAUCUCUAAGCAUUAACAGUGUUUUCACUAAAAGGACGUCCUGAUGUCCAUCCACUCACUACAAAAACCCUAAAGCUCUACUGAAGGCAGUUUCUAGAUUUCUGGCGUUCAUCCUGAAAUCCAGUUACGUUUCCUCUUUUUGCACAAAUUCAAGCACUUUCCUGAAGUCCGUGGUAACAAACCUUUUUACUGUUUGUGAAGUGGCCUGACUGUUGUCCUCUGUCCACCUCUGCAGACACUGCCACCUCUGUUCAUGGGAAAUCAGGGCCACAGGUCAGGAGGGUUUCUCUCAAAGGAUUCAGUUACUGUAGUGCUGCAGCAUUUUGGUGCCGGCGUCACCAUCUUACUCAGUUUCCUAGUUGCCUUUUCAGCGUUUGUCCUGGCGGCAUCACAGUCCUGUCUUUAAGCUGUGCGGGGCGAAAACACCCCGUUUUCACUGCUGCUCCAUCGCCUGCAGUUUCUGCUACUACUGCCCCGAAAUCUGACGAUAUUGUUGAAUAUCAGUGUGGAAGCUAUUUUUUCAGUUAAAUAUGUCAACCUUAAUAUUCAAACUGAUGUCCUGUUUGAGUCUUCCUUAUUUAAAUUUGAAUUUUUAGGCUUUUUUGAUUUCUAACAUCUGAUUAAUUAUUAUUUCCUCCCUUUUUAAAAAGCUGAGGUCGCUCCACUCUAACCUGCUCUGAAUUAAAUCAAGAAAAGCACAAUUUAGUAUGCAAUUCACUGCCUUGCCCAGCUGAGGGCGCCCUUGAUUUGUUUUUCCUUAUAACUCGGUGUCUGGGGCUUUUCUUUGUGACCUACGCUCAAACUACAAACAGAAAUUAACCCAAAUAUUUGAGGAUUCUCUCCAGAGGUGGUGUUUAAACACUAUUUUACGCUAUAUUACAUUAUUUUCUGUGUUUGAAAGGCAGGUUAUGGAAGUUUGAAGCCUUAUUACUGUGUGUUUAAAGUAACACUAAAGUUUUACUGACGCUAAACCAUGCUAUUUCCCCCCCUACAGAGAACAUUUGCUGCGUUUGUGUCCAUGCACUUGCAUUUUAAACCAGAGGAGACCUGUGAGGCGUUCCCUGACCGCAGGGACGGUGACGCCUGUUAUUUAAAGGUGUUGAGUAUGUGUGCAAACUCUCUCUCCUGCCCUCCAAAGUAAUAUUAGCCCAAAAACCCAUUUUUAAUUUCAUGUUAUAGGAUGAAACGGAUGCCUCAGAAACCUAAAAAAAACAUCAGACGUUACAGGCUACAAACACUUUUUUGUAUUUAAAAGAAAAAAACAAUGAGAGGUUGUAUAAAUAUGUUCGAGUUAUUUUUGUAAGCCCAAAGUUUUUCAGUGUUUUUAAAGGGUAAGAAUGUAUGUUGUUGGAUACUGAAACAGGUGUGGAUGAAAAAGCUUGUCAGAGCCUAGAUUUGAGGUAGAUUUGGUGUGAUAUUUUGGCCGUGGAAGGCGACUCCCAGACGGGCCUCGUGGGUCUCUUGUUGCAAACUAAUUUCCUCAAUGCUGACCUAACAAGAUACCAUUUGAGAAUUUAUAUUUAUAGUGAGAUUUUUUAAUAGGUUUCCUUGUGGAAUGUUUAGUUGCGACAUUUUAGGAUGUUCUUUCUCACAAGGCUAAUUGUCUAGCAGUCUGGAUUUGAAUUGUUUGUUGCUUUUAUUGAUUUGUAAGAUUUUGUUUACUUUUUUCUACAGCCACCAAACCGUGCUAUGCUAAAACAUGACAGUGAUGUUCUUGUCGACCCAGCUCGUUUCCUCCAAACCGGAGGAGAACCGGCUCAGAAUUAGUUUUUGCGACACAACUGACCCGAUCUAUUUUUAUAUAUAUAUAUUGUACAACACUGUAUUUUCUGUGUGAGCAGAAGAUUCAUCAUCAGUGACAUUAACAUGGAAAACUUUUGAGUUGCAUGGGACUGGAACUGUUGCAUGUAAAUGGCGAUCCAUUUUACCAAAUUUGUGCAUUAUUUUAACUUGAUCUCUCUCGUCCUGGUAUUUCGAUCUGUUUUAAUUUUUUUUUAAUUGUUUUAAUGUUUUGCUUUUGUUUUGUUUCGGAGAGGAGAGCCCUAAGGCUGUGUGACAGUGCAAUCUGGAUAGAAAGAACAUCAGAUUUUAUGUUAGGUUAUUAUUAUUAUAAUUAUUAAUUUUUUUGCACCGUUUGAAUAAAUUCUCAUUGUAUUUCAAAAACGCUGUGUUCGCUUUCUUUUCUGUGUAUUUCAUUCAUUACUUAGUUUUUAUGACUUAUGCAUUACAUUACUUACUCACUGACAUGAUUAACUUCUAUAAGAUUGUACAGUCAGGAUUAAAUUGCAUGCAAAGAGUGCGUAACAUAACAUGUUUAUUGUGGACUUUUAAAUUAGGUCCAUGUACUACUGGGUUACAAGAAGGAAGCCUUAUCUUACAAAGAAAAACAUCAGAGCCCGGCUUAAUUUAGCAAAAAGACAUCUGAAAUCUCCGAAACGCAUGUGGGAAAAUGUGUUACGGUCUGAUGAAACCAAAGUUUAACUUUUUGGGCAUCAUUGCUAAAGGUAUAUUUGGUGCAAAAUCAACACUGCUCAUCACCAAAAGAACACCAUACCCACAGUGAAGCAUGGUCGUGGCAGCAUCAUGCUUUGGGGCUGUUUUUCUUCAGCUGGAACUAGAAUUAUGAACAGUUACAAAUACCAGUCAGUGUUGGCACAAAACCUUCGGCCUUCUGUUAGAAAGCUGAAGAUGAAGAGGAACUUCAUCUUUCAGCACAACAAUAACCCAGAGCACACAUCUAAAUCAACAAAAGAAUAAGAUUGAGACUUUGGAAUGGCCCAGCCAGAGCCCAGACCUGAAUCCCAUCGAACAUUUGUGGGGUGAUCUGAAGAGGGCUGUGCAUAGCAGAUGCCCUCGCAAUCUAUCAGAUUUGGAGCAGUUUUGCAAAGAAGAGUGGGCAAAUAUUUCCACAUCAAGAUGAGCCACGCUGAUUGACUCCUACCCAAAAGAGUGAGUGCUGUAAUAAAAGCCAAAGGUGCUGCGACAAAGUAUUAGUUUAAGGGUGUGCAUAUUUAUGCAACCAGGUUUUUUUAACUUUUCUAUUUUUUAUUUCCCCCCUUAAAGGUUUCAGUUUGUUUUUCAAUUGCAUUGUACAGGUUGUAGGUCACAUUAAAGGUGGAAAAAGUUGGGAAAUUAUUUAUCUUGAUUUAAUUUUCUUACAUCAUGAAAACCUGGAAUUUGAACAGCAGUGUGUAGACUUUUUGUAUCUGCUGUAGCUUUUAACUUUAGCUCAACCUCUUGUGUAAAGUAAGCAUUUUUAUUAAGGUGGAGCUGCAGAGACAUAAAAUACUUGCACAGAAUAAACACGAACAUAAGAGAUAAAGACAAACUUCAGACCUUGGCUCUGUCAUCUGUUUGUGAGUACUUUAUCUGUGUCAUUGUGCAUUACCCUCACCUUGCUGCAUUAUACAUUGUUGAAUAACUCCAGCUCAGAUGAUGCAAGGUCCUGUGUCUGGGACUGUUUUAUGUAUCAGAGAAACUGGAGACCCUUAUGUAAUAUUGAACAGUUUCCCAUGUGGUAAAAAAUCCAGACCUCUCUCUAUUAUAGUUCACCGGGACAGCGUCUCCCCACCUGUUCAGCAGGACACACUGACGCUCAGGAUUAUACAAACUUUCCCUUUUCUCGUCGCUGAGGAAUUUUCUCUGAAGUCGGCUUCCUGUAUUCGUCUGAAGGAGAGUUAUUGGUGGUUUGUUCCAUGAGAGAAGAGAGGAGGGAGUCCCAACACAGACCUGCUGCAGGAUCAGAAAAAGGUACUGCUGACCAAAAAGUGGCUGUAGAUGCUUAUUAAAUGGGAUUAUUUUGUCUGAAAGGGCAGGCUUGAAAGACUAGAAAGUCAAGAGUUGGACGGUUUUAUUGACAUUGGCUCACUGACUCAGCUACUGUUUCCAUAUAAACCUCUUUACAACGAGCCGCUUGAACACAAAGCCAGAACAUUCAGACAACAAGUUGUCCUCAAGUACAAAAGAGGUUGUGGAGAACAAAAUCCACUUUGUAUGGAACCACUUUAAAGAGAAAAGAAAGAAAUGGGGAAAAUAAAUAAAAGACAAAGAAGAGGUUGAGAGACAAAUUGAAUGGGAUGGUAUAUAAAUACAAACUGUUUUUAGGUCAUUUAAAUUAAAGCUCCUGUAGGGAACUUUUUGUAACGUCAAUUUUGAUGCGCCCUGAAGACAAAAGCAGUCUUUGCUGUUCUUGUCCUCGACAUGCAGAAGUGUGACUUUUGACUCAAACAUCUCGUCUGCUGACUUUUGAAAGUCAGAUGUAUGAUCCAUGGUGAAAUUAUAAAAACAAGACUGUUUCUCCAGCCUAUCCCCUCUCUCCAGUUUGAAGCGCUAAAAAUUCAUUCUUGUGGUUGAUAAUUCUUAUUUGCUUUUGUGUAUCAUGAAAAGCAUAAAAAUGAAUCUCAAAAGUUUCAUAUAGUUAAAAAAAAAUCCUUACAGAAACAUUUAACUUAAAGCUCCAGUAAGGAACUUUCUAUCUGUGUUGAUUUUGGCGCCCCCUGUGGACAAAGUGGUAAAGCCUUACAUUGUGGCUGGUUUUGUCUCAGUCUUGUGAAAAUGGUCUAAAUUAUUAAAAAAAAACCUCCUGUUGACUUUUUACUGAGAAGUGCAUCACUCACUGUUAAAAUUUGCCAUGAAAAAAGUCCCAAAGCCC